GUCGUGCGCGGUCACCGUGUAUACAUUCCAUAUUCAAGCGUUCCAUAUGCGCGCGCUCUUUGUACAUAGACAUAUGCAUUAUUCGCACACACGCAUGUGCACAGUGCCGUCGCGGGCGUGCGCGCACACCUCCGACGCGAACUGUACGUAGGUGCGUACUCCGCCGGCGUGGGUGCUGACGGAGGGUGGCUCGGCCCAAGGUGCGCUCCGGAGGGUGCAGUUCGUCGAUCCGCUUGACGCGACGGUCGAGCGAGUGACGUCGGCGCUCGUCGUCGUUCGUCGUCGCCGCCGUCGCCGUCGUCGUCGUCGUCAUCGUGCGCUCCGACUGACAGUCACCGGGAGAUCGGGCAGGUGACGUCGGCGCGAACACGGCAUACGCGACUCCGGUGAAUGGGGUGUGGUGUCGGCGGAGCAGGUGUCGAACCGCCAGAGUCCUUUAGGGCGUGAAACUGGGGCGGAAGGAGAGAGAUACGACGGUUCUCACGCGCUGUCCCGUCGAGCGAGGCAGCGCCGGCUGUUGAUUCUCCAAGUUCGAUGACGAUGAAGUAGGAGCAACGGGCCACUCCUCGAGAGCAUGUCGCGAGCAACUCCACCCAGAGACAGUCCAACCCCGCCAAGGGUGGACAGCCCAGGCGGUGGUAGCCCGAGGACGCCACGUGGUGGCCGACUGCGCGACCGGGUGAGCUUCUUCGAGCAGGUCUGGUCUACCGGGCGUUGUCCAAGCGCCGAGGAUCUCCUGCAGGACACCGAGGCGCGCAGGUCGUCCUUCCGCUCGCCGACGCACCGGCGAUCCUCCUCCAGGGCGAGUGACUCUUCCUUCGAGGAGAGCUUCGAGAGAUUGGUGGAGGAGGGCGAGUUGAACGGCGCCAAGGUGGUGAAGUUCGAGAAGAUCACCGUGAGGAAAAGCAUACGGGAGAUCAGCUCGAGCGCGAGCAAUGGUGACUCCGUGCUGGCGGUUCAGCAGCGCGCUACGGCCGCUCUGACAGAGUCCAGCAGGACCCCGAGCGAGGAGCACGCUCUUGAGGACUCGGCUUAUCAGAGUCACAGCCAUGGUGUGCACAGUCACGGUAGCAAGUCCAGCUCGGUCACAUCGUUCACACGAUUCCCCUCAGAGGAGAGCCUGUCGCAGCGUAGAUCCAGCAGCCCCCGGCAGCAGCUGGGCCAGCCGGACGACAGGCCACCCUCGGAGUGGUACGCGGAAUACCGCAGCCAGAGCUUCCAGAAUGUCGCCGCGAGGAUGGACUAUGUGCGCAGCAGGAGCGAGUAUGACGCACACAUAGCCGAAAUUAAAGAUGAGCAAGAACGCGUGCAGAAAAAAACCUUCGUGAACUGGAUCAACUCCUACCUGUCGAAGAGAACCCCGGCGCUUCGGGUCGACGACUUAAUCGAGGAUCUGAAAGACGGUACGCGCCUUCUCGCCCUACUCGAAGUUCUCUCAGGAGAGAAGCUGCCUGUGGAGAGAGGCCGUAACCUAAAGAGACCGCAUUUCCUCAGUAACGCCAAUACAGCGCUACAAUUUUUGCAGAGCAAGAAAAUCAAAUUAGUGAACAUCAAUUCGUCCGAUUUGGUGGAUGGACGGCCGCCAGUAGUGCUGGGUCUGAUAUGGACCAUCAUCUUGUACUUCCAGCUACGGUCGAAGGAUCGCAAGCGGAUCGAGGAGAACACGAGAGCCCUCGAGUACCUUGGGCAGACCUGGGGAAGUCAGAGCAGCCUCGAGAGCCUCGGCACUCAAGGCUCGGCGGCGAGCGAGAGGAGACGCAUCAGCAGCGAAAAGUGGAAGCAGGGUGCGCGAAAGACUUUGCUCCAAUGGGUCACCAAUGCCUUGCCCAAGGACGUCGGUAUCCAAGUUCGAGACUUCGGCGAAAGUUGGAGAGACGGAAAUGCCUUCUUAGCAAUCAUCAACGCCAUCAAAGCGAACUUGGUGAACAUAGCGGCCAUGAGAGAAAGGUCGAACAGACAUCGCCUGGAAGCGGCUUUCCAAGUUGCCGAGGUCGAGCUGGGCAUCGCGCGAUUGUUGGAUCCUGAAGACGUAGACGUGCCACAGCCCGAUGAGAAAUCAAUCAUGACAUACGUUGCCCAAUUUUUACACAAGUAUCCGGAGCCGGGGAACACGGGUCCGGAUUCAUUCGCGGCUAUACAGGAAGAAUACAACGGUCUACUGAAUUGGCUGAAGGAAAGAGUUAGGCAUCUCGAGCAACUUGACAGGACCAAUGCCUUCCCGCCAAGUUAUCCGGAAUAUAUGCUCUUCAGAGCGGAAGCUGAUGAGAAAUCAAUUAUAUACAAGAAGAUGCAAAGUUUGGUCGAUACGCCCAGCAUGAUAAGCAUCACACGGGAUUCUUGGAGACACAUACAAACGUUGUGGCAACAAAUGGAACUCCUCAUGUUACACUGGCUCUGGUUACUGGAUUCGGCGUUACCGGGCGAAUUAGGAGAAGCUGGUAGAUGGCUGGCGAGAGCCGAAGCUCUCUUGCACUCAGACAACGACAUACCGGACGAAAUGACGGAGGGAACGGCGAACAUAAUAUCAAACAAGCUGGAAGAUCACAAGAAAUUCUUCCUCGACCUGCCGGCCAUAACGGAGAAAUUCCAGCACGCCAAAAACUCACCGUUGGCCCGACAAGUUCAGCCUGAACAACUGGAGAGCAUGUCUGCACGUUUCGACAGUUUGCCCGUACGCGCUGCCAAGAGAAGAGUGAAACUGAAGUUCCUGGAGCACAAAUGCUGCCUGGUUGCUUUCCUGUACCUCGUGGAGACCAAAUUGAAAGGCUGGAAUGUUAAAUACGGCACGGAGGAGAAGGUUCACCAGAUGCUGGAGCAAUAUCGCAACUUUGUCUCGCGAAACAGAAUAUUCCAGGAAUUUCAAAAGGCCUACUUGGACAUGCAGCAGGUCGCCGAGGAGUACAAGCGCGAUGGCGAUAUUGACCGGGAAGAGAGUCUUAAUAUCGAUCGCUUUAUGCGAGAGACAGCCGAAAAGUGGAAGAACGUGUCGAUGGACCUGCGCUGCGCUCAAAGCAUGCUCGAGGAGGUAGUCGCUUAUUGGCGUCGUUGGACUAUUGUUUCGGACGAGUUCGAAGCGUGGUUAUUGCGCGCUGAGCCCGCGUUAAAUCUGCCAGAGGACGAGCGGAUGGAAUUCUUCCAGGAUAUAAGCGUAUGGAAAGACAAGCAUCAGCAACUGUCGGAUACUGUGAGCUUCUUAAUCGCCACGUCCGACGAACCAGUAGCGUUUCGCCUGAAGGAGCGUUAUACGAAUCUAACGUCCAGAUGGGAGCGACUCUUCCAAGAGGCCAAGCAAUAUAUGCACGCGGGCGAUCUCAUCCGAACGAGAAAGGACUACAAGGCUGGAAUAGAGGCUCUUCAGAGUUGGCUGAGAGACGCCGAGGCUGCCUUAACGACCACCGGGCUCAGCUCGACAGAACGGAUCAAAGCCUAUGGAGAAAAACUGCAAACUCUUCACAACGAGGUUGAGGAUAUUGAGGAUCUCUUUAAAAAUAUCAGCAAGAAGUUCCAGACUCUCAUUCAAGAUCUGUCUCGCGACGAGGUUGACAAGAUGAUGAAUACCCUAAAGAAGGAGAAGGAAGCACUUGUUAAGGUGCGCGCUUUGAUACCUAUGCAGCUACACUUGUAUCAUCAAUUAUUGGUACAGCAGGAGUCGCUGGAAGCCGGCCAGAAGGAGAUAUCCGCGUGGUUGGACGAGGCCGAGAACUUUUUGGCCAGUAUGAAUCUCGCGGGUGGCAGGGAUGCUGCUUUAGCUCAGUUGGAUCGUCAUAAAGUCUUCUUUUCGAGAACACUCUAUUACAAAUCCAUGCUGGAGUCCAAGAACAAGGUAUUCGCGAGCAUUGUCAAGGCCGUCGACAGUCACGCCGAUGUGGAAACAGCCGAAGGCGGCGCUACUUUGAGGAAACUUAAUGAUCGAUUCGUCAAAGUCUCUCAGGAGGCGCAAAUCUGGGAACAACGCCUGCAGGAAUCCAUACGACGUUGGACGAAGUUCAAGGAGUGCGACAGACAAAUCUCCGAGUGGUUAUCGGUCGCGGAGACGAUGGUCAACGACAAGCACAUUGACAAUCGUCAAUCCGUCGAGUAUCACAAGAACUUCUUCGGCAAAGUGAACGAAAAGUGGAUACAGGACCUCGUGAAAGCCGGUCAAGAUCUCCGCAAUGCACUGCCAGUCGAGCAGCAGCUCUCCAUCGCAAAUACAGUGGAAGCUCUGCAGAAUCGUUGGAGAGAAGUCCUCACCUUCGCGCCGCUUCAUCUGAUGAGACUCGAAUUUCGUUUGGACGAAGCUAGCUUCCUUCAGUAUCUCAAAGAGAUCGAAAUGGAGAUCAGUUCGGAGCAACAAGCGCUUAUUAACAACGACGACGUGGAUAGCAUUCAACAGCGCAUUCAGGACUUCUUCCUAAACCGUAGCGCGAAGGUCCUCGAGAUCGAACGCUGUUUGCAGACUUUGAAAAAGAUCAGCGACGCCUACAGCAAACUCAAGCCGGGCGAUAGCAGUCUCGCUGAUGCCACGCAAAAUGCCGAACAUCUGUGGGAAGCGACCAUGCAGAAAGUGGAAAAUCUGAAGAAGAAAUUGCGUGAAGUCCUGCAACAAUGGACGACUUACAGACAGAAGUUUGACGAAAUGGUGCAUUGGAUGGAUGACGUCGACAAUAUCCUGAGAACGAUUCUACGCGAGGUCAACACUUUGGAAGAAUUCGAGAAGGAGAAAACGAUAUUCCAGCUCCAGACCUUGACGAAAAUCUGCCGCGAAGCCGACAACAAGCGCGAAGAUAUGAAGUGGCUGGUUCAAACUCUUGACAACCUGACGCUAAAUCGCUCGGAUCGCGAAGCGCUCACAGCGCAGCAGAAUUUGGAACAACUGAUAACCCGAUAUAAGAACCUAAUACCAACGAUCGAGAUCACUAUGACGAAAACAGAUAUCUAUUCGAAGAGUUACACCUAUCGGAAGGAGGUACGCGAAGUUUGCACUUUGUUGCGCAAGGUUCGCGAGCAAUCAAAGGUCGAGGUCAUGCCCGAGGCACCUGAGAAACUGCAAAGCGCGGUGGCGCAUCAAGAAUCCCGUCUCAAUCAAUUGGAACAGCAACGAGCGACUAUCGUCAGCAUGCUGCAACGCGGCAAAGACCUCUUGAAAGAUCAACACGCGCCACCCUUCGUCUCGUCCGAGGUCCAGCAGUUGGAAACUAACUGGAACGACACAUACGGCCAAAGUAUGGAGACGUUGAAGUCCCUGAAGGACUCCCAAAAGUUAUGGAGCACUUAUGAGGAACAGAAAAACGAAAUUUUGAGAUUGAUCGAACAAGCUGAGAGAGAACUGCGGCAAAUCGAAUUAACCUCUUAUUACGAAGCCGCUCAAGUUACCUCUGACCUGCAGAAAAAUCAAGAGUUCAGUGCUAAUUUAAGAAAAUCGGCGGAGGAAAUGAUGAGGAAAUUGCGCGAUACACAUGCGAAUCUUCUGCAAGCGCUCACACCCAGCAAGAAGGAGAUUCUGGAGAAGGAGGUGACGGAAACCGAAGAGAAGAUGGAGCGUACAUUAAAGAUUGUACGCGAGAAGGUAGUUUAUCUGCAAGAACACAGUACUCGAUGGAACAAAUUUCAAUCAAAACUUGUGGAGCUGCGAUCAUGGAUUCAGCAAGCCGCGCCUCAAUCGAUCGCGGAUAUCGAGGACUCCACGGCCUCGCCAGAGGAAAGAGUUCGCAAAACGGAGAAUCUGCAGAAAGAGAUCAAGGAGAAAGUGUCUAUAUUGAACGUUCUGGAAGACGAGUCUCGGAAACUCGUGAAAGAAGACAGCGGAGACGCGCCGGCGAAACAACUUCGCGCCGAUAUCGAGAAUCUCCACAAAGCGGUGGAAUUAUUGAACAAGAGCAUAAUGACGCAACGUGAAUUGGCUACGCAGAACCUCGCCACAUGGAAAGAAUACGAGGACGGUAUUCAGAAAAUAAAACCUUGGGUCGAACAAGCGGAAUCUAAAGCAGCCGCGAUGGGUAGUAAACCUACGACACUAACUCAGGCCACGCAAAUGCUGGAAUCAGCCAGAGCUUUUGAAGUUCAGUGUCAGCAGUACCUUCCAAAAGUGCAGAGUUUGUCCACGAUUAGCCACCAAAUAUCCGGUCGAACAGUAGCGCCUGACGAGGUCGACGCCGUGCACACGCGAUGGAACGCAAUUCACGACGUAGCAAUGCAGACGACAACCAAGUUAGAUAAAUUGGUCUCGUCGUGGAAUACUUUCGAGUCAGAGGCGGAGGAAUUCAACGAGUGGCUGCAGAACAGCGAGAGAGAAGCUCUCAAAGAACCCAAUGUACAGACACCCGAAGCCGUAAAGUUGGAAAAAGAAUUAGCGCAGUUGAAAGAAUUUAACAAAAGCAUAUCUGAUCACCAAGCGCAGUUGAUAUCACUGACUCAAGUCUCCGAUCACAUCAGCCAUGGCUUGUCGUUGGAUGGCGCGUCCACGUUGAAGGCUCGCGUUGUCGAAAUGAAGACUAGAGUGAGCAAACUCGCAGACACAGUGCGACACCAUAUUAACCGCGUCUCCGAUUCUUUGCUGGCGCGACAGGAGUUCCAGAUGAAAAUCACCGACUUCGAGAAUUGGAUGACGCGACUGAGAUCCAAUAUCAAUGAGAUCGGCGACGUAAAUGUGGAUAAUGUCGACGCCAAUUUACAAACGGUGCACGCUUAUUUGCAAGAACACUCGGAGAAGCAGGCAGCAUUCGCCGCGAUCUACGACGAGGUGAAGCAACUGUCGUCACGGGGUUCCGUGUUGGAAGCUGCCGCGUUGGACGAGACUUAUACAUUCUUGGCGAAGAAGUAUAAGGCGCUCGAGGACGAUCUGCGGGAGAAGAAGAAAGGUUUGGAGAAGUGGAUCGAGCUUCUUAGCUGGCACAAUGACGCCAAUGCGCAACUGAAUCACUGCAAGUAUGAAGCCGAGGCCAGGAAACCGACCAUUGCCGACCUAGACAGACUGUCUUCGGAGCUUCAAGCCGUAUACACGAAGAUCUACACGUGGAAAGAACAUGUUCCGCUGAUGGACAGCACUCUGGGCAUACAUGUUCGUGACAAACAAGAGCGACCAGUAACCGCGACUACUUUAUUGAACGACCUCGAGUCCAAAGCCGCUGUACUGAGAACGGAAUUAUCUACCAAACGCGACAAGCUGGAGAAUCUCGGUGCUAAGUGGGACAAUUUCAGAAAACUGCAGCAAAUGAUCACGGAAGAGAUCGUCAGUACUCAAACGAGCCUGCAGGAUAUCACUUAUGAGGUGGACAUGUGCGAGAAACUCGCGCCAGCGAUCGAGAAGAUUGACGACUUGAUCGAGGAUCAUCAGAGACGCGAGCCAGAGAAGGAGAUUCUUCACCGAGAAGGCGACAACUUGAUGAAGGAAGAUCAGCGAGCGAUAACCAACAUUCAAGUGGUAGUCUCUUCUGUGGACAGCAAUUGGGAGAAGGUAAAUGAGCUAUUGAAAGAACAGAGGAAAAAGUACGCUGAAAUGGAUGCCGAUUGGAAGCAAUAUCAGGAGGCUAGAGAAAAGCUGAAUAAAUUCAUCGUUGAAGCAAAGACUCUUUGCCAAUCGGUGAGGGACGUGUCAACUGACAUCACUCAAGCAAAUGUGACUUUGGAAAAGCACAAGAGAGCUUCAGAUAUCCUGAAGAAGGGCAAACAGUUCUUGGACAAAAUGGACAUCAAAGCACAGCAAUUGGCGAAGGAGGCAUCGUUGAUGCCGAAUUUCAAGACGAGCCUCAUUGAGUCGGAUUUGUCCGACGUACGGAAUAAAUACCACGAGACUUACGCCAAGAUAAUCGAUCGCACUCAAAUCUACGAGACGCAGGUCAUCAUCUGGAAGCAGAUAGAAGAGGUGAAGUAUGAGCUCACGAGAUGGCUCAGCGACACGAACGAGGCUCUCACCGCGGCUUGCGAGCGUUGUCUCGAUACCGAGAACGGACAGACAAGAUUAGCCAGAUAUCGCGAGGAACUGCCAGUGCAUCAGCAACUUCGUCAAGGUAUCGCCACGAAGACGGAGCAGCUGCUGAAGUUGAACGACGUUACGGACAUACCGACUCUGAGGUCUCUCAACAAUUUAUUAGACGAUCAGUUUAAAGUCGUUAAAGAGGCCGCGGACAAACUUGCGUCGCUCACGUCUAUCUUUAACGAGAAGGAGAAAGGCAUCAGGCAAGAAUUGAAGAAGUGCAGCGACACGAUAUCAAAGAUCCGCGAGGAGAUAAUGAAGUGCGACGACUUGACCGGCGAGAACACGAAAAUCCUACAUCGCAUCAAUAAGUGCCAAGAAUUGAACACCGAGCUGGAGAAGUGUGACUACGCCUUGUCGGAGGUCAACGAGAAACUGGCAGACAUGACAUCAGAGUAUCCCACGAUAUGGAAGUCAAGCUUGCCGAAUGAGCUGCAGGCGGUGAUGCUUCGCAGAAGCGGCGUGGGCGGCUACGCACAGAAGAUCAUCGCCACGUUGAUAGCUUUCCUAAGUAAGCUCUAUCACGAGAAAUUCGGUGCCCUGCAACGCAUGGUGGCGACUCAUAAAGAGAAGGUAGCUUGGUGCGAGCCGGAGCAGAGCAGCGAUCGUUAUAACCUCGAGGUAAAGAUGGCUUCAUUGGCCGACGUGGAGGCUGGUAUCGCCGAUUGCUGUGCGCGGAUAGGCGACACGGAUAACUCACUGAAGCUCUUGAGCACUGUUGAGAGCAGCGAGACGAUCAAGAUUCUUAGAAGCGAGCGUGACAAGCUCGCGGACGACUUGGAGUCUUUGAAUGCCAGUUAUCGGAAGAUCAAACACGUGUUGGAGCAGAACAUCGAUCUGUGGCAACGUUAUGAGCUCACGUCGGAGAACGUGAUCUCUUGGCUGAAAGAAAACGAGAAUAAGAUCCGCGUAGAAGCCACUACGCUUCUGAAUCCAGACGAGAUCGAGGCAAAGAUCGCCGAAAUAGUGCAGCUCGAAAGAGAGGUGAAAGACUACGAUAGCGAGAUGAAAGAUUUAAUCACGCUCGGAGAAGAGAUCACUAAAGUCAGUCCCGAAUCGCGUGUGUUUCAAUACGUCGGACACUUAAACACACGUUACCAAUCCGUGCUGAAGUUCCUGGCCCAACAUCUGGAUAGACUCAGGGAACUGCAGCAGAUCAGAUCUCAGUACAUCGCUAAUGUGAAGGAGCUGGAAUCCUGGUUACAGAAUGCAGAACAGAAGUUGAAGGUCUUCGACGAAAUCAGUGGCCCAAAGCCGAUGACUUUCUAUCAGUCCCGAUUGAAGGAGUUGAAAGCGUUUGGAGAGGAACGUGAGACCGGCCAAAUGAUUUUAAAUCGCACUGCGGAAACGGGCGAAACACUUUUCGCAAGAAUUACGCCGGAUCACAGAGAAGUCAUCAGAGGCGAGCUGAAGAACUUGCGCAAUCGCGUGGAGGCCUUGGCCGAUCGCACGAACGUGAAUUACAAGAAAAUCGAGAGCGACAUGAUGCAUAGAUCGUCCUUCGAGGACAAGUAUUCGCAGGUAAAGCAGUGGGUAAUUGAGGCGCGGAAGAAGUUGGGAGACAAGCAAGAUCUGUUGCCAACGCUUCAAGAGAAGAAGCUCGCCCUGCACAUGUACAAAGCUAUCGCACAAGACGUUGGGGUUCAUAGAAAUAUUCUGCAACAACUUCAAGACAGACUUGGAGCGACGCCGGACGACGAAGCUAGCGAGAUGCUCAACAGUGUAAUCCAAGCGCACGAGAAACUAUCGGAGGACGUGGAAGAUAGGAUCAACGUGACGGAGAAGCAUGUCGCCAAUCACGAGGCGUAUCUUCAGACAUUCGAGAAGACGCAAGACUGGAUCAACACGGUGGUAAACGAGGCGGUAUCGAUCAGCGAGGAUCUCUCGAUUGAUCGGGACACAGCCAAGUCCAAGAUCGUUUUGAUUGAGAACGUGCUACAGCAGAAACCCGAAGGCGAGAGGAUCUUGGACGAUUGCAAUCAGCAAUUGAACAUCAUUCUGGAGCAAACGUCCAUAGCGGGUCAUCCCGCGUUGCUAAGGGGUUUCGAGCAGCAGAAGAAAAUCUGGGAAGAUUUCCUGCAGCGAUGCAUCGCGAGCAAAAACCGAUUGAACCGCCUGUUCGACCAAUGGUCCGAGUUCGAGAAGCUCGUCGAACGUCUAGAGUCUUGGAUCAAGCAGAUCGAGACGCAGGUGAAAGAUCAAAGUUUAAAGAGCACCGAAGAAGCGAAACGAGCGCACUUGCAGAAGCUGAAGUCCCUCGAGGAGACUAUCGUGGCGAAGAGCGCGGAGUUCAACAUGGCGGUCGAGAAAAGCCAAGGUGUGGAAGCGGAAUCCGACUUGGCCACCAGGGUAUCUCGUCAGGCUACCAAGUAUCAGGCGAUCAGAAAUCAAGCGAAGGAGACGGUGGCGAGAUAUGAGCAGUUCGUGAAAGAGCACAACCUGUUCAACGAGAAAUACAAUGAAUUCUUAAAAUAUAUCACUGAUAUGCAAGACGAGCUGAAGAAAUACAGCGAGAUUGUUGGAGAUCUCGCCGUGUUGCAGAGUAGGCAGAAGCACAUCAGGUUGCUCGGCGACACCAGAACUUAUGAGAACGCUCGCUUUGAAUCCGUCAUCGACCUCGGGGAGAAACUGUAUGUGCAUACUUCGCCGGAGGGUAGAGAGAUAGUUCGGCAGCAACUAAGAAAUUUACGCAGUCUGUGGGACGGAUUUUCCGAAGAUCUGCAGAGCUCGACGCAGAAGCUGGAUCAGUGCCUGAUGCAGUUUGCGGAGUUCUCGUUGUCCCAAGAGCAGCUGACCGCUUGGUUGCGAGACGUCGAACGCGCAAUGCAUCAACACACGGAGCUGAAAUCUUCCCUGGAGGAGAAACGAGCGCAGCUGCAGAAUCACAAGAUCAUGCACCAAGAGAUCAUGUCGCAUCAGACGUUAGUGGAGUCGGUUUGCGAUAAGGCGCAACAGUUGGUGGACCAAACCAAAGACACAUCUUUAAACGUCUACCUGCAGUCCAUCAAGCAACUCUUCCAAAACAUCGUUGCCAAGUCGCGUGAUUUAUUAGAGAAUCUGGAAGAUUGCUGCGAGAAGCAUCACCGUUUCAAUCUUCAGUGCAAGUGCUUCUCCGAUUGGUUAAACGGAGAACGCGGCAAGCUGGCGGAAUACAACGACGUGACGGGCGAACGAUCUGAGAUCUCGCGCAGAAUGACCAGCUUGGCGGUAUUGAAGGACGGCCAGGCGCAAGGAACAGAACACCUUGCGCGAUUGAAGGAACUGAGUGAAGCCGUAACUAACAGCACCGCGCCGAAGGGCCGAGAAAUCAUCAGCAAGGAAGUAAUCACCCUGGAAAACAAUCUGCGCCAAUUCUUGCAUGAAAUCGAAUCCGUAGAAGAGAGACAGAAGACGGCGUUAGAGAGAUGGCAGAACUUCGAGGAUCAAUUGGAAGCUCACACAAAGUGGUUCCGCUCUAUGGAAGCAGCUUUUCGGGAUCAACAGCUGCAGCCCACGUUAAAAGACAAGGAAGAGCGACUGCGCGCGUUUAAGGAGAAGCGCGAGAUCAUCGCGCGACAGGAACGGGAGAUAGACGAGUUCGUGGAUAAGUCGCACGGUUUAUUGCAUACGAGUGGUAUCGAACGCAUUAAACCACUGAUCUCCCAAGUUAGCAACAGAUAUCAAUUGCUGCACGUACUCAGUAAGGAAGUGAUAAACCGUUGCCAAAGCGUCGUGGACGAUCACCGCGCUUACGAGGAGAAACUGAAGGCCAUUGACGUUUGGCUCACUCCUCUUGAGCAAAACUUGGCGAUCCUGAGGAAGGAAGAGAUGGGCGGCGAUCUUGAGGCAAGAAAUUCCCGGUUACAGAUGUUACUGGCUGAGAAGGAACUGGCUGAACAUCGCUUGGCCAGUUUGACGUCCACUGGAGAAAGAAUUCUUCCAGACACUUCUGCUCAGGGUCGCGAAGUAAUUAGACAAGAAUUGCGACAUGCUCGCGAAAGGUGGGAUCGUUUGGCAGAAGGCAUCACCGAGCAACAGAAGAAGCAGGACGCCCAGUCCUUGCAAUGGACCAGCUACCAAGAGACGCUGCAGCAAAUUUUGGCUUGGUUGGAGAUGAUGGAGCGUGCAGUUAAACAGGAUUCGUCGAUUGUGUGGUCUUCUUUGCAGGAGAUAAGAUCAAAACUGAUCAAGCUGAAGACAUUGCAUCAAGAGAUCCUGGCUCACAAACGUAUCAUCGAAGGCAUUGCCGAAAAAGCCAACACUCUGGUUCAAGUUACCCAAGUCCCGUCGGACGUUCACGAAAAAGUCAUUUCGGUGUCGAAAAGAUACGAGGCCCUAGUGGACGUGUCUCAGAAAGGAAUAUCUAACUUGGAAGCGUUGCUCGACAUCUUCCAACAGUUCCACGAUUUUCAAAAGAGUUACCAAGAUUAUCAAAAACGUCAGUGGGAACGUUUGGCGAAUUACAGCGAUUAUACGGGCAAUAAGGCCGCUCUUCAAGCCCGAUUAGCUAAAGUUCUGGAAAUACAAGACGGUCAAAGCGAAGGUGAAUUGAAGCUUAACGUCCUCAGUGAACACGUGGAGCAAAGUUCGCGUAGUUUACCACCUCGACCGCAGGAAUCGAUGGAACGAGAUUUAGCCAAUCUUAAAUUUGAGAACAAGAAAUUCGCUACAGCCGUGAGCGACGUGGUACGCUGUAUCGAGGAGAGAAUACAGCAAUGGAGCGAAUAUGAAAAUUCGUUGGAACGUUUGCUCGCUUGGCUCACCGACGCCGAGACAUCGUUGAAAAACUAUUCCCUGAAGAACACGCUCGAGGAAAAGCAGGAGCAGCUUGAGAAAUAUCAAGACCUGCAAAAGGUUGCGGAAACGCGGAACACGGAUGUGACGGAACUGGUUGCGCUCGGUGACCACCUCGAACAAUCGCUGAUCGUGAAUCUACGGCAAAACGAGGCUGAGUUCGACAAGAUGAGCGACGAUUCGUCGGAGCUGAUGCAGAUCAGCGGCGAGACCAGAUUCUCCGCCAGCGUUCAGCAAGUCACAUCGCGCUUCCAAUCGAUUCAGGCAACUGCCAAGGAGCUCGUGAAGAAAUGCGAGCAAGCAGUCGUGGAUCACGCGAGCUACUUGGAACGUUACAAGCAAUGCUCCGAAUGGCUAGCGAGUGCGAGAGCGCGUUAUCAUGCCACUAAAGAGAAUGCAAGUGGCACUCGUCAAGAAUUGAUCACGAACGUUGACACGUUGAAGGAACUUCUGGCACGUCAGUCUUCGUCCACGCUGCUCAUAAACAGCACCGUCGAGGCUGGUGAACGACUGUAUCCCACGACCGGCAUGGAAGGUCGAGAAAUCAUUCGUCAGCAACUGCUAGACCUGCAACAAACCUUUGAAGGUCUGUAUGACGGCGUCGCAUCGACUGAACGCGAAUUACAGGCGAAGAUCUCGCGAUGGUCCGGUUUCGACGAGUGUAGCGAGACAUUCGAGACUUGGCUGAAAGCUACGGAGUCUCAGUUGAAACCUGAGAUCGAGCUAAAGACCACUCUGGAUGAGAAGCGCGCCCAACUACAGAUCUACCGCACUAUUUUACAUGAUGCUCAAGCGCACCAACAGGAUCUGCUGAAUCUCCGAGAUAAGGCGGACAAUCUGCCCGAUCGUACCGAGAAGAUCGACCAGAAGCUGAAAAGUCUUGCGAGCAGAUACAACGCGGUUUUGAAGCGCGCGACUAAGUUCGUAGAGAGGUACGAAGGUAUCGUGAGCGACCAUCAACAGUAUAGCAAGGCCGUCUUGGACACGCACGAAUGGCUGGAUGCUACGCACAACGCAGUGAACCUCUGGGGUGACGUGGAGUUGGAAAGAGUGUCUCUGCACACGAACCUGGACCGUCUAAAGAAUCUGUUGCACAGUCUGCCUGAAGACGAACCGCGCGUACAGCAGAUCAGAUCCCUCGGCGAGAAGGUAAUACCCGGCACUUUGGAGUCAGGACAGGUGAACAUACGCUCGCAGAUCGACUCCUCGCAACAAGAAUGGGAAGGUCUGAUUUCCGCUGUCAAGUCCACCAUCGAGGCAUUGGAGAACAAGCUUCAACAAUGGAGCGAGUUCGAGACGUCGAAGGAAAGGUGCCUGGCGUGGAUGAGAGACACCGACACAAAACUACAUGCCGUCGAUCUCAAGGCCACUUUAGCGGAGAAAAAGAAUCAGCUGGAGAAACUGCGCGCUCUUCAGGGCGAAGUACGCGCAAAGGAGUUGGAAAUCGACGCUGUCGCCGAGCGCGCCCAGCAGCUACACAAGAACGUCACUUCUCGCACUUCUUACAUGUCUGAGUUGAGUAUCAAGUACCAACAGAUCUCCAGCAAAGUCAAAGACCUCAACAACCGUUGGCACCAGUACGUCACCACGCAUCAGGAAUUUGACAAUCAAUUGGCUGAGUGCACCACCUGGCUAGAGGACAUCAGGAAUAAGCUAGCGUACUGCUCCGAUUUGAGCGCGUCCUCGCAGAAAGAUCUAGAGCAGAAGAUGGAUAUUGUGCAGGACCUGUUGCUGUACAAAGAGGACGGUUUCGCAAAAGUCCAAAGCAUCAUCGAAUUGGCGCAGGCGGUUUUGGCGAAUACAGCUCCGGCCGGUCAUCAGCCGAUUAACGACGCUUUAGCGAAACUUCAGGAACAGUGGAGCGCGUUAGCCUCGAAGAUGCUGGAGACCAAGACGAACUUGGAUGACUCGAUAAACAAGUGGGCCGGCUUGUUGGAGCAGAUACAGUCUAUUAACAAGACAGUGGAGUACAUGCAGACGUCUAUCGACGAGAUCUCGCAGUUCCAGACGACCAUGUCAGAAAAGAGAAGCCAAUUGGAGCGAAUCAAGGCAUUGGAAGAGAAAGUUCGUUGCGAGAACAUCGAAGUGGACAGUCUCAAGUGCAAAGUCGGCGAGAUGAUUGCGAGCGGCCAACAAGGUUUAGCUGCCUCGCAGGCACAGGACAUACUCAACAGAUUCGAUGAGCUCUUCGAGAAAAUUAAAUCCUUGUUGGCCGAACGGGAAGAACAGUACAAGGAUCAUCGUCUUUACAAGGAAGCUCACGACGAUCUCAUCGGUUGGCUCAGCCGUGCUCGCGAGAAGAUACCGUCUAUGAAGCAGAGAUCGCUUAGCGACAAGUUGGCUAUUGAGAAUGCAGUAGUGCCUCUCGAGAGUUUGCUGAAUAAAAAGGCACAGGGUGAAUUGCUGGUGGAGCAUUUGCAGCAUACUGGAAAGGUUGUUUGCGCUAGCACCAGUCCCGCCGGACAAGAAGUCAUCAGGAACGAGAUACGGGCGCUCACGGAGAGUUUCGAGGGAUUAUUCAAAGAAAUCCAACAGCAGAAAGACCAACUGGAAGCCACCGUGAGUCAAUGGCGUGACUACAAGGACGAAUAUGAGCGACUCAGCGACUGGUUACAACAAUUCGACAUUCUCAUCAAAGCUCAGAAAAAUGCCUUACUGCCAAAUUUGAAGGAGAAGGAGAAGCAAGUGCAGGAAGUGAAGGAAUUGUUGGACAGUCUUACGAAAGGCCAGGAGCAGAUCGAUAAAUUCAACAAGACCGCUGCCAGUCUAUUGUCAUCUCAUCUGGACACUUACGUUAACAACCAACUACGGCAUUUGAACUCGCGCUAUCAGGUGCAAGUGAAUCUUGCGAAGGACGUGUUGAACAAGGUGGAAACUAACUUGGCCCAACACCAAGAAUACGAGGACAAUCUCGAGAGAGCCCGCGAUUGGAUCAAGAACGCUAAACAGAUCAUACGUCAAGGUACGGAGGCGGCCUCGAGCAGCAGUCGCGAGGAACUGCAAAGCAGACUCGACAAAAUUCAAGAACUGCUGAGGAAACGUGAAGAAGGACAGAACUUGGUGCAUUUAACUGUGAACUGCGGGGAGAAAGUAAUGAGGAACACGCGAUCAGACGGUCGCGAGGAGAUCAAUGCCCAACUGAAAGAGAUCCAGAACGACUGGGAACGCCUAGUGAAGAAGAUCUCGACUACGAAGGUGCACCUCGAGACGAGUCUGUUGCAGUGGGCAGAUUAUAGUUCAUCGUAUUCGCAACUGCAACAGUGGAUCAACGAUCGCGAGGCCAAGUUGCAGCAAGUAUGCGAACAGAAAGUGUCCAAAGCUCGCAAAGGUCUAGUCGGAUUAAGCUCCUUGGCGAUUGGCGAGAGAAAAGCGAACUUGCGACAGACAAACAGCAUCGUCCAAGACAUCGUGGCCUUCGAGCCCAUGAUUCAAUCGGUUACCACCAAGGCCGAAGACUUGCAGCAAGCGACGCCGGCUACGGAAAUUUCAAUCAAGUAUGAAACUCUAAGCAAGCAAGCUCAAGAAUUGUACGCGAAGCAGAAGGAGACAGUCGAGCAGCACCAAGCCUUCAUCGACAGCGGCAACGAAUUCAUUCAGUGGAUACGAGCAGCUAAGGAGAGACUCGGAAAAUGCUCAGAACCUACGGGAGACAAGGAAUCUUUGUCCAGUAAAAUUACGCAACUAAAAGUUCUGCAGAGCGAACUGCCGGAAGGUCAAAAGAAGCUGGAGAAAGCUCUGGAGCAAGGUAACGCCGCUUGUCAAAUCGCAGAUGCUGAGGAUAAAGAGAUAAUUGAGGAAGAAGUAGCGUUAUUACAGGAAGAAUAUGACAAUUAUGUGGAUUCGUUAAAUAACACGAAGAGUUUGCUCGAAGUUGGUAUAGUGAAGUGGACCGAGUACGAGGACCAGUUCUCCGACGCUACAGAAUGGCUUACACAGACUGAACAGUUGGUUCAGACGUUUAACAAAUUACAAGACAGUCUGGAAGAAAAGAAGAAUGUUCUCGAGCAGUUCCAGGUUCAUUUGCAGACAUUGUUCGACUGGCAGAAGGAGCUGGACCGCUUGAACAUGAAAGCUCAAAUGCUGUUAGAAACGUGCGCCGACACAAGAAUUUCCAACGCCAUAACGCAGCUCACUACCAAAUACAACGCACUCUUGUCCCUCGCUAAAGAGAUAAUGCGGCGAUUGGAGUUACAUUACCAGGAACACCAACAACACAACACCUUGUACCAAGAGUGCCAGGAUUGGAUCGAGCGAACGCGAGACAAAUUGAAUGAAUGCAAGGACAUCCCUAGCACAUUGACUGAGGUCAACAAUAAAUUACAUACGUGUAAAGCCAUUCGGCAGACGCUGGAGCAGGGUCAGAAUAAGUUGCGGUACGCUCUCGAAUUGAAAGAGAAGGUCAUCAUGAAUACGGAGCAAAACGGCGCGGCGAAAAUUCAAGAAGACACCGAGAACUUAAAGAGCGAGUUCGAUAAGUUAUUGGCUGAUGUCGAAGAUGUCAGACAGAAGCUAUCAGCGAGAGCGAGCACAUUGGAAGAACUCAAUAAGAUUCACCGACUUAUCUCAGAUUGGUUGGAAGAAGUCGAAGGCAAAGUUCAGCCGGGAGACACUUGCCGAAACGAUCUCAGUGAGAAACGCGCCCUCUUGGAAAAGUAUAAGAUUCUGCAAAGAGAUAUUCAUGGUCACGGUGAGACGGUGGAUCGCUUAAAGACUCGUCUCAACGAAAACCCCAGUAUAUCAAAAAGUCCUUACGAAUCGACUAUUAACAAGUACGACGCCUUGAAGAAGCUUAUUUUUGAAAAAAUUCGCAACUUGGAGGAUCAAGUGAAAGACCACGAAAGAUUCCAGCAAGCUUUGAACGAGGCGGCCGACUGGGUGCGUCGCACGAAAGUCGAACUUCAACAAUACAGCGAUACUCACGGCGAGAAAGAACGCAUCAUCGAGCGGGAGAACAAAGUCAACCAAAUUAUCUCGUCCUUACCAAAGGGCGACACUCUGAUUUCGAAAGUGAUCGAGCUGAGCGACGUCGUGAUCGCCAAAACAGGCCCCGAGGGUCAAGACUCCAUCAAACAGGACAUGAAACAGAUACAAGCUGAUUGGAAGUCCUUGCAGGCUCAAUGUCAGGACUCUCAACGUAUUCUCGGCAAUUGCAUCUCGAGUUGGUCGCAGUUUACGAACGCUUUGGAUGGCAUGAAGCAAUGGAUAGACCACUUCCAGAAGAAAAUUACUGACGAGCAGACCAAAGAAAACAAAACACCAGAGGACUUGGAACGCUGCAAGCGUUUAGUGGAAGAGGCGAUUAAGCAGAAGCCAGUGUUGGAAGACCUGAACGAUAAGUGCGAAGCGUUGCUGGAGAUCAGCGCUUGCAGCUGGGCGCGGGACAAAACGGUACAGUUGCAGUCGGCGUACACGUCGCUUUUAACUGAUGCGCAAGGACUUGUCUCGAAAGUUGAGAAGAAUCUGUCGGAUCACACCGAGUUCCUCAAGGCCAAGAAGGAAUUGGAGGAUUGGCUACGCACAGCUCACGGUUCGGUGGAGGAUUGUAUCGGCGUGGGAGACGCAGUUUGGGCAAAGGAUAAGUUAGAAACCUUGAGGCUGGUCGCGACGCGCGUGACUGAAGGCCAACAUCUGCUGUCGACGCUGCAGAACGCCUUCGCGAAGGCAAUCAACAUGGCUCUGCCGGAACAACAGGAUCAGCUGCGAUCGGACAUGGCUAAUCUGCGUUCCAGCUGGGAACAGCUGAGCAUAGACCUCAAUACUGUUCAAGCCAAAGUGAAAUCUGUUUUGAGUCGCUGGGAGGAUCAUGCAGAGGCAUAUGGUAAAUUCGCCAAGUGGCUAGAAGAAAACGAGAGCGUGAUGAAAAGCUCUCCAGACACGAAAGGCGAAUUCGGCGAGAUGAAAACGAUGCUCGAGCGAUACAAGCACAUCCAGGAAGAGAUGCGAGACAGGAAAUCCGAUCUGGACCAUCUGAUUGCGGAGGCGACGGAACUGUCAGCGUGGGCGAAAAACAAUGCGACGUUGAACGAGACGAAGCAGCUGCUAGUUCGAUGGCAGAAGUUAGGUGAUCUUGUUGGUGAGAGGAAGAAGCACGUCGAGAACGAAAUACAGGAGUACAAUGCAUAUCAUGCCGCACUGCAGGAGACGGAAAAGUGGUUGCUGCAGAUUUCCUUCCAAUUGAUGGCUCACAACUCUCUUUACAUUACUAACAAAGAGCAAACGCUCGAACAGAUCAAACAGCAUGAAGCGCUUCUGGCCGAGAUCCAGAAAUACCAGGAGGUAUUGGACGAAUUAAAAGCGAAAGGUCACGGUCAAAUAGAUCGAUACGUCAGUGUGAAUCCCGCUAUUAGAUCAACUAUAGAAACGCAGUUGCAGAACGUACAGGAUAGUUACAAUUCACUGUUGAAAACUGCUUUGCAGAUCAAGAACCGUUUGGCCGAAUCCUUGGCCAAGUUUCAGGAAUACGAGAAUACUUUGGAGAGCAUCAUGAUGAAUCUGGAUACGUACGAAACGGAAAUGAGUCAGAGUUUAGAUGCGCCUCUGGAUAAUUUGACCUCGGCCGAACAAAGCCUCGAGAACGCCCGCAUUCUGCACAACAAGCUGCAAGGCGAAAAAGCUCGUCUGGCUCUGGCGGUGGAAGCUUGCGAAGCUGCGGCAGCAUGUGUCUCCAGACCUGGAAGUCCUCUCGACGCACCACCCAUUCAAGUUCCCGUGAGAGAGGUUGAAGUUAGAACGAGACUCGACGAUCUCAUCGAUCAGAUGCAAACGCACUUGGCGAACGUGAUGAAGUCGGUGGGCGAACUGGAGGAACAAUUACGACAAAAGAAUGCUCUUCGUGCUUGGAUUAAUCAGCAACGGGCACUCUGCGCCGAAUGGAAGUCACGACCGGCAAAAUUGCGAUCAGAAGCCGCCCAGGCCGAAUUGCAAGCGAUGAACGAGCUGCUGACCAACGUGGGCGAACGUCGCACUCGCGCACUCACGGAGUUAUCGAUACACGAGGAAGAUCACGAUAUCGAGGAGGGAUUGAACAAGUUGGAAGCCGAGCUUACCGACGCGAUCUCCGGCAAACAAGCGGCGCAGGAUCUCAUUCAGAAGUAUAGAUCGCAAGUACAAGAUAUGCAGAGUUGGUUUGACAGCUUAUCGAAGAAGGUCGACGUGAUCGAGAAAGGUAGCGGAUUGACUAUCGGCCAAAAGAUUUCGAAUCUCAAGGAUAUCACAGCUGAGUACGAAUCUCAGGGUCCGGAGAAACUAGCCGAAAUCAAGAAACUGGGCGACCAAGUGAUGGACUCGGUCAGUAACUUGGAUUCCCAGCAGAUCGAGGAGCAGAUCAAGUCGGUAGAGAGACGGUACGCGGACAUCGGUAAGAAACUGCAGAGGAAAGCGCAAGUUUUGGAUAUGACGGCGCAGGGCAUCGAAGCGACCAGGCGAGAGAUCGAGGAGAAUCGCGAAUGGAUCGAACAGAAGAAGCAACAGGUGAAAAUGCCGGAGCUGCUUGGUUAUGAAAGCAAACAGGCGGAGGAGAGACUCCUUACUCUUAAGGCUAUGCUGAAGGAAGCUGACGCCAAGCAAUUGAUCAUAGACACAUUAGAAAAGAGAGUCGGCAAUAUGCAGAAUGAGCUGGAAACCAGCGAACAACAACAGCUGGAAGCUGACACAAAGGCUUUGCGCAGUGAACAGGUCGAGUUGUGCAGUCUUCUAAGAGAAGAGAUCUCCACCGCGAGUGCGGCGGCUGACGCGCGUCGCAAGUUGGAGGCUGAUAUCGAGCGAGCUCGAAACUGGAUCAAGACUAAAGGUAACGAUUUAAAGAAGCUCAGCGGAUACUUGCCGCUGAAAGCCUCGAAAGUCGAGCAAGACAUCGCACAACACAGUGGAUUGGAGGCGGAGAUCGACUCCUUCAACGAGAGUAACCUUAAGGAUAUACUUAAGCAAGGAAACAAUUUGCUGAAAGAAUGUAACGCGGAAGGUCGCGCCAAACUGCAAGCUAUCCUGGAUGACUUAAGUAGAGACUACGAAGAGUUGAAGAAUGAGGCCAAGGAGAAACAAGCCUCGUUGGCGGAUCUUCUUCAGGGACGCAAAGCCUUCGAGAGCGAGUUAGACAAAUGUCAGCGAUGGAUCAAAGAAGCUGAAGUGGCCACCUCUUCCGAAUUGAGACCUUCUAGUCUCGACAUCCUUCGUGAACAACUGGCAAAAUAUGAUCGGCUGAAGAAGGAGGCGCAGGAGUACGGCGAUGAUAUAGAAAAAAUAAACCAACAAGGUAAAUCGAUCUUGCCGACCGUGAGCGACGCGGACAAGCAAGAACUGAGCGAGCAAUUGAGGAACAUGAAGGAAGCUCACGGACGCGUGGCCGGUGUGAUAAACGAAAGAGCGCUCGCGCUCCAGAAGAACAUAGACGAAGCUGAAGAAGCUGCCGCUCGAGUAGCAGAGGCGAUUCAGUUUAUGUCGGAUAUUCAGAAGGAGCUUCAGGAUCUGAACAAGCCAAUCGGUGCUCGCGUGGAAGAUGUGGAAGGAAUGCUGGCGGCUUACGAAAGGAUCCUCGACGAUCUCAAAACCAACAAAGCAAAACUAUCCGAUCUUCAAUCCGCCAAUGUGGGUGAUCUUCACGGUGUGUUAGCUCAACAGGACGAUCUGAUAAGAGCUCUCGAAGCGCAGAUAGCGAAACUUCGCCAAUUGCUGCUACUGCGACAACAGUUUAUCGCACUGAUCGCGGAGAUCACCACAUUCAUCGCUAAAUAUACCGAAAUUGUCAGAGAUAUCGAGAAGUCCGGGCAAACAACCGAAGACAAGAUCAAAAGGUACGACGACGCUAUAUUGAAAAUUCAAGAGUGCGAAGCCACUCUCGCCAGCGCGACCGACAAAGGCCAACAAAUUGCGGCGGAAGGUUCGGUCGUGGACAGGAAUAACGUGACGGAUCAGCUGCAGUCGUUAAAGCAGCAAUUACAAGCCCUCCGGAGAGCGGUGGAGACGCAAAGGGAGCAACACGAGUUGGCGGCGGCCGAGCACAGGAGACUCGCUAAUGAACUGGCUGAUAUUCUUGACUGGCUUGAAAGCAAGGAGAAGGAAGUAAAGUCUAGGCCGCUCCUGGAGAGAGAUCCGACGAGUGUCGAGGCGGAAUUGACAAAACACCAUGCCCUUUGCGCCGACGUGAACGAGCAUCUCGAUCGGAUCAGGAAACUGAAGGAAUCCGUGCGACAUGAGGAGGGUAUGCCCGGAUCCUUGAAGGAGAUGUUGAGUGAAGCAGUGUCCUUGCUGACGUCCUUACCGCGAGAGAUGGAAGAACGCGGAAAUUAUCUCGAGAGUAACAUGCAGAUGAGACUGGAUUAUGCUGCUCUUACGGAUAAACUCCACAGCUGGGCUCGCGAGGCUGAAAUUCGACUUGAGAGUAACAAGGAAGGUCUGGACUUCGAGAACAUCCUUAGUGAUCUGGAGGAGCACAAGAUCUACUUCAGCACCGAACCAUCGAUUCGCGAGCUUGUGUCGCAGCAGAUUCAACAAGCGGCUGACAAGAUCUGGCCAUCUUUGGAUAGUUACGAGCAAGAGGAACUGAGCGCACAACAACAACAGCAUACUCAGUUGCUAAAGAACACUCUCAACACGGCCAAAUCGCAACGCUCGCGUUUGGAGCAAGGUGCGGAGAUGUGGAGGGACUACACGCAGAGUCUAGAGCGUGUUCGCGCCGUCAUCAGCAGAACUAGAUUCACGGAUGAACCAGUCACCACAUUAGCCGGCUUGCAAUUCAACAUUCAGAAGAUCACGCACGCUCUCAACGACAUCCAGAAUCAACAAUUCGAAUUGGAUCUUCUCAACGAACGUGGGGGAGAGGUUCUUCGGCUUGCAGACGCCAACAACAAGAAAGCAAUAGAAUCGCAGCUCUCCGAGAUUAGUUCGGAAUGGCGCGAGUUGGUAUCGGGUCUCGAAGGACGCAGGGAUGCCCUGGAGUCGCUCUCACGACAUUGGGAGGACCUGGAGGCACAGUGGGCGCUCAUCGAGACGCGAUUGAAUGCGAUCGAGGAGAAGAGCAAGCUCAUCGACACAGUGGUGCGCUCGAAGCAGCAUUUGCAUGACACCGUUAAAGCAUUGGAGGAACUCGUGGCGGAUGCUGAGAAGCUCAAACCCGCGACAGAGGAAGUGAAGAGCUUGGCGGGACCUGUCCUGGCGUAUCUCGCAGCGUUUACGGAGGCGCCAGCGCGAAGUCUUGAGGAACGUCUCGAGAAGCUGCAGAAGUCCGCCGAAUCACUCGUCGACUCGCUUCGUGGCAAGUCCGAGAAGGCGAGCGAAGACUUGGAGGCGCUCGAGAACAUCGAGCGUGAGAUCGAGCGGCUGCGGAAGCGACUGAACGAGGGGCGCGAACGCGCCUCCGGUCUAUACGUUUACGGGGUCGAUCAGGACGCGACCGAGGCGGAACUGGGCGAGCUGCGCUCGCAGGUCGAGGACCUCGUCGACACCGCGAAGAAGUUCUCAGGAAGCACUAAGGCGCGGUACCAAGCUAGCCAGCAGCUGGUACCGAGUGACGUUGCCCAGCAUCUGACCGCGCUCGAGCUCUGUGCCGAGGCGACGGCACAGGCGAUGGAAGAGAAACAGCGGGAGCAAAAACGUGCCAGGACCACCAGGUCGGAUUACUUGGCCGACGUGGACGAGGUGCAGGCAUGGAUCCGCCAGGCCGAGCUCAAAGUGCAGGACAGAUCGGUGGAACCGGCCGUCCUCAGGGAGCACCUCAGGCAGAUACAAAACGAACUGGGCACGAUUAGCGACAAGCUCGAACGACUGACGAGAAACGGACGAAUCAUCGUCGAGAACACGAGAGACGACGCGGAGAAGGAACUGAUCAACAACACGAUCACCAAUCUCAGCGAGCAGCUGGCGCAAGUCAAGAGCUGGCUGGAAGAGAAGAAGCAGAUCGUGGGUGACACCAUGGACGCGUGGCAGAGAUUCCUCACGCUCUACGAGGCUGUCAAGGCGUGGACCGAGGAGAAGAGACAGUUCCUGGUCGAGCCACUGAAGCUCAGCACUCUUGUGCAAGCCAGACAGAGACUGCACGAAUAUUCGACGGCGGUCAAAAGCUGUAAGCAGGUGAACAAGAAUCUCAGCGACAUGGGCAGAGAAUUGGAGAAUAUCGGUCAGGUGACCAGCGUGGGCGAUCUGCCGGAGAAGCUGGCGGAGGCAGAAGAGGGCAAGGUGCAAGUGGAGGGUCAACUAUUGGAAAGGAACGCACUGCUGCAAGAGGCCAGCGAGGAAUGGGAGCAGUGCGAGAGGAAGAUGAAGGAUGUGCGAAGCUGGAUGGAGAAAGCCAGGCAGACAUUGGAGUCGCCGCAGAAUAAGAAGAAGCCGCUGCGCGAUCAACACGCCAUUCGCGAGAAAAUGCUCAGCGACAUCGCGAUCCAGAAGACUAAGAUCACGAUCUCGGUGGAGAAGCUCGAGGUGCAUUUCAGGUCCGGCAUCGGCGGCGACAACCGGGUCAAAGAGACCGCCGACGACUUGAUCGCCGAGCUCAACGCCCUCCACAGCACCGUCAAAGAACAGACGGCCUCUCUGGAAGUCUGUUUAGCGCAGAUAGAUCAGUACCAGCAGGAGAUUCAGCAGCUGCGCCAACACAUCGUGCAGGUGGAGCAGCAGCUGAGGACGGUGCUCAGCCCGACGUAUCUGCCGAAUGACAGAGAGAAAGCUCUGCAAGAGCAACAGAACCUGCAGCAACGGAUGGAGGGUUGGAAGCAACGCAGCAAGAUCCUGGUGGAUCAGAUACAUGCCGUGGACCCGUACUACGUACCCACCAACGAGUACCGGUUCAUCGGCCAGGCCUCGUACGCUGAUAUCGCAGCGGGUCGUACCAGCCCAAGCUCGAGAAACUGUAGUCCGUACAGACAACAGCGGGACGCCACUCCUCCCGCCACGGCCACGACGACGCAGGUGUUGCGGCCUGCGAUCACACGGGUGCAGAAGCUGACCGCGGAGUGUCCACCUGGCGAAGUCACGAAGGCGCGAGCUCAAAGAGGUGACGCGAACCUGGACAAGCCGAAGCCGCAGCCGCACACGGAGACCCACGUGCAGACGGUGCAGGAUCAGAGUGCGGUCGGCGCGGAGGACGAUCAUCAAGACGUGCCCGAAGUCGUCGUCGAAACUGCCGCUCGUCGAGGACGAUCACCUACGCGCAAGACGAACUCGCCUAGAACGAAAGAGCCGCUGAUGGCUCGAGAGGAAGAGGUCGACAAGAAAUACGACAAUCCCCGGCCCGGUGCGAAUUUCAAGCAAGAGGCACGGGCGGAAAUACCGUCGAGGAACACCCUAGUGCCGCACGAGGAUCGAAGAGGUCGUUCACCCAGCCCCAUGUGGGUGCCUGGCUCCACGUCUUACGCCGACAUCCUUCGCGGAUGCUUGCAGACGACGCAGAUGAACGUUGCGAGUCCCGCGGAGCCGCCCAGGCAAGAAAUGGUCCCUCUCUCCGGGGAAUCGCGACGUGGUCGUGCCGAAGCUCCGCGUGCGGAACAGACUCCUGUUAAAGUGGAAGUAACCGGAAACGUGAUGGAGCCUCAACCGGUCACCGAGUCUCCGCAACCGGUCGUGUCCGCGCAGAAGGUGGAAAACGUGCAGGUCACGGAAGCCUACUGCCAAUCGCCGGAUAUCUCCGCGGAGAAAGUCGACGAGCAGAAUUAUACUAAGCCCGAGUCAACCGAUUGGACUGACAAGGCUCUGGAGGAUUACAAUGUGCUGCAGCACCACGUGAAGCCUUACGAAGAUGUGCCGCGACAGCCACAGCCUGCGGAGAUUUACGACUACAUAAUACCGGAGCCAGAACUGGUUGGCUUCAUCGGCUCUCAGCUCGGAGCGUAUCCGGUGAGUUCGUACGUUUACGCGCCGUCCGCCGGCCAUCAUCAUCAUCACCAUCAUCAUCACCACCAGCAGGUGCAGCAACAUCUCGACUCGAUGAACUUGAAUCCCUACAACAACGGCUCGCUGACUUACGCCCCCGAACAUUACGUCGCGCAGACCGCGUAUCUUUCAGCGACGGAGAUUUAUCAGCAGGCUCAGAUGCAGCAGCCGCAGCAACAGCAACAGUGUCCUGCUGCUGGCGACAUGAGAUGUGCAGCUCCGAUAUUGAUCCAAAACGUAGAGAAGCCCGUUCAGAUGCAGGUGGUCAGGCAAUCGGAGGUCACAGUUGCAGCUGAAUCUAUCAUCGAUAAGUCCGAGCAGCAGGAGGAGCCCGUUGUGAGCGUUUCAAACGUAGCAGAAGCUUCCACAACGAGUAAAACGGAAGGGAAGGAUGUGUUGAUUAAUAAUGAGACCAAAAACCAAACCUUCUCAUAUGCGCAAAUCCUGUCGCAGGGACUCAGUCCGCGUGUCACUCCGACGCGCGUCGUCAGUAAAACGUCGGCUGUGGAGCAGCCGAGCAAGGAGCGAUCCUAUUCGCCCAAGGAAUCGCUAUCGUCUCGCGAAUUAUCGCCGUUGCAGGAAUCCAAGAUUAUAGGAAAAGAUUCGCAACAGCCACUCGCAAAACUCGAGCAAUCAAGACAAUCCAAAGAAAACGAUUGGGACACUAUGAAGAAACGGGAGGUGAAGAAGAAGCAACAAUCCAUGAACGAGAGACCCAAACAAGCGGAUGAGAGGAAAUCGCAGAAUCCCGUCGAUAAGUCGAAGGAGAGGCAGAAGAAGGAGAAAUCGAGUCCGCCGAAACAAAUCGUAGAGGCACGCGAUGAAUCUAUGUCAGACCAGAUCGUCGACAAUCCAGACAAAAAAGAGGAAAAGCCGGUGCAGCAGGAGAAGCGAACGAUCGAUUCAGUAGACACGAGCGCACAAGAGAAAAAGCGCAAGCCGAAAAAGAAAAAGAUGGGCAAGACGGGCGGUGAUGAAAUUGACAAAGCGCUAAAAGAAAUCGAGAACAUGGAUAAGCAGAAAGCGAAGUCUCAGAAGGACAAGCUUAAAGAGCAGAACAAGUCUCGAGAAUCCGUUAUCGAGACUCUGGACAAAUCUAAGGAUGAAACGGACAAGAAACAGACCAAGUCCGGCGAAAAAUCCAAGAAAAUCGGAAAAUCUAAAGAAGCGGCGAGAGCAAAAGAAAAUACUCCAGUCAGACAAGACAUAUUGUCGAGUCAGGUUAAAGCGCCAGAUCAAAGCACUCUUAAGGAUAACAUAAAAAUUAAAGAUGAUAUCAAUGACACGAAAGAUUUGAGCUCCAAAGGCGAGGAGAAAGACCGGAAAGGUAGUACCAAAGAGGAGCUGAAAGAUCGACCUUAUAUUACCGACGAUAGCCACGUUAAUCAUAACAAAUCUGACACUAAAACUAAGCACAAAAAUAAAGUAGGCAAGAAUAUGAAAGAAGGUAACGGAGAAAGCGCAGAGAGUACAGUUCAGCAACAAUCGAAUGUUCCGAGCGAUGACACAAAAGAGAAAAUAAAUAUCGUCGACGAAAACAGCUCGACGGAAAUUGCAAAAUCAUCGGACACUCAAAAGGCUCCGUUGAAAAAUAUAAUUGAGAGACCAAGCGUGACUACGAAAGCCGAAAGCACGACAAGACAGAAAGACACGUCGAAGAAGGAACAAUCAUCGAAGAGCAAAACAAAGUCGAAAGAACUGAAGCUUGAAGUCGAGUGUAAUAAUAAGAAUCGGGAGAAGCUGGAAAACGGUGUUAAAGAGAUGCUCAAAAAUAGUCCUCCCGAACCUAACAAAUCGUUGGUUGAUGCUGAAGUCAAAGAUCCUAAGCCAAAAGUACUCGACAGCGCAAAAGUUGUUGAGGUGAACGGCAACGUGAAAGGUAAAGCUAAUUCUCGCAAGAAAGAUAAAACCUCUAAAGGUAAGAUGAAAACAGAGGUCACUAUCGAUCUUACGUCAUCGACAGUGCCAACAAGCGAAGCUUUAAAUGAAACGAAAGUUUUAACGUGUUCAGAUAACGCAGAGAAAGUGAUUGUCUCGAAAUCAGAACAAAUAACCGAAGAAAUUUCGAGAAUUGUAGAGACGCCAACAACAGUUACUAAGGAGACCGAUUUUAAAGAAGUGCCCAAGGAAAUCGUCUUGUCGUCUAAAAUUAAUCAGCAAACUGAAGAAAUAAUACAAACUGAUAUCAUACAUAAGAGUGAUAAAAUAGAUCGCAAUGAAACUGAAGCUAAAGAGUCGAUUGAAAACGAAAGAAUGGAGCAUCGUCAAGCGGACGCUAAAUUAAAAAUAGAAAGUGCAAUGUCUCCAGAGAGUCCGGAGACGAUAAGUGAAAAGAAAGCUUUCAUUAGCGAUACGAACGAUGAAAAAACUGAGAAGCGAGAAACGGAGAAACGUCAGACGAAAACAGGCAAACAGAAAAGAUCUGAUAAAACGAAGUCUAGUACGCAAGAUACAGAUAAACCGAGAGAAGCUAUCGUCGAAGUACCGCUGCCAGUUGAGAGUAAAAAUAAAUCGACCGGGGAAGAGGAUAAAGUCAAGAUAGAAUCUUCAUCCAAAUCUCUAAUCGAGCCUAUAGCGGAAACUUUCGUCCAACCAGCAGAGAAAACACAUUUCGUUAAAGAAGACGUGUCAGUAAGCGACGACAGCUAUCUAACUCAGUCCAAAUCGGAUGCCAAAGACACCGACGUUAAAACGUCUGUUAAAACAGACGAAAAAGAAAUUACGGCGAAUGUUCAAGUUAAUAAACGCGCGCCAGAGGCUACGUCAAAGAGUAAGAAAAAAGGUAAGUCAAAGGAUAAGUCAAAGGACGCUCAACAGGCGCGUAAUACGAAACCCGGGGAAUUAAAAUCGAAGGAUGAAGUCGCCACGACAGAAUUGCAACCUGCGCAACAGAUUGCACCAGUGAAGGAAGAUAUACCACACAACAAAAGCACAGAGUUUGUCGAAACUGUCCCUACGUCGAAUUCAAUCCCGACUGCGACUGUGGAGACGGAAACAUCUGUUCCCACAAAACUUGAAAAUGUGGCUACAAUCGUUCCUGCCGCAGAAACUUUGCUUAAGGUAUUCGAGACUUCUCUAAGGACUGAUAAUGCUGUUACGAAGAUAGAAGAAAAGUGUAAACUUGUUGAAAAUGAAAAACUCGAUCGUUCUCCGCAAGAAGCAGUUGCCAAAGAUGAAGAAGUUAAAGCCGAUGCAAUCGUUAAGGAUUCUUUAAUCAGAAAACUGCAGGACACUGGGAAAUCGAAAGAUCUCGCGACCAAAGAGAGUACACCAAAGCACACAAAGAAGGAGAAACUUAAGUCGGCUGAAUGUGCAGUUGAACAGACAAAACAUUCUCGCGAUAAGCUUGGAAAGAAGAUCGCUCCCAGAGACGUUUCAACGAAGGAGGAAGAAUUUCCGAGACAUGCUACCUGUCCAACAGACCAACGCGAGAUCGACCAAGAGAAAUUGGACGAGAACCAAUCCUCACGUCCGCAAAUUGAAAGUCCUGAGAUCCAACAGACACGAGAAUUAUCAGAGAAGACCGUAGCAAAAACCGAAGUCGACUCCAAGCUCUCGAGCGAUUUGGUCGAAGCCAAAGUAUUCGGGGAACACGAGGAUGAGACGCGUAACGAUAGUCCGCAACCUUCCUCGACAGGGAAAGCUCUGAUUAUCGAGAAAACGGUUACAACAGUUACCACCACCACCAGCGUUCCGGGAUCCGUGAAGGUCAAGCCGCCGGAUGUCAAGUCCGUGAAGUCGGUGGAGAUUUUAGAAAACAUACCCUUACCCAAAAUCGUAGGCUCGAAGGUUACCGAGUUGAUCACUUUGCGCCCCGAGACCGUAGAGGCUAGUCUUACCACCACUUAUGCUAGGGUACCGAGUGACGCAAAUCCCGUUAAUAAUUGCCCGGUGCAAUCGGCCGAUCAAGCGACUAAUUCUCAAAGAGUAGGUUCAACUUCCCUCGCGAGCAUUUUCACCGAGAACAUCGUGACGUGCGACGAGUCGACCUUGUUCGGUAGCGUGCAGGAUAGGAGGAGAGUUUGUCCGGAAAUCUCGAAGGAUCGGGACAUCUCGGAGGGAUCACCGGUGAUCACCGCGCCCGAGGAGAGGAGAGAGAAAUCGAUCAUUGACGAGAAUGAUAAAAUGACGGGACAGGAACAACUGAUUUCAUCGAACGAAUUCGUACAACAGGGAGAUCAGUCGGAAGUAGUUUCUGAGGAAAAAUGCGAGAAGGAUAACACGAUGAGGAAAACGAUAUCUGAUGACACUGUUUUACGGAACGACAUUAUUAUAGAAAAUCAGAAUAUUAAUAAUUCCGCUGAAGAAAACAAUGUCACGUUAAAUAACGAAGUUAACGAAAGUACAUCGAAUAUUCAAAUUUCGAAAGAGAAAGAUCGGAUGGAUGAAGAGAAAAUCAAUGUCGAAGUAGUAACUAAGAAUACUCGAGAGGAAACGACAGAAGUAAAAGUACCAAUUGAGGCGAAGUGUGAAAUAGAACGAGAAGGCACACCCGAAAUUACCAAGGCAAGGAAACAGAUAAUGCCCGAGUAUUUAUUAGAUCUCGUUAAGCCUUAUGCCUUGGACCGUCACGUUUACAAUCACGCGGAAAGUAACUUUUAUCGUUAUUUCAAGGUCGUUAAGGUGAUAAAAGAGCCGCAACCACUCGCUCCUGUUGUCCAAGCAAGGCCGGAGAGUAUGGUGAGAAUUGUGCAGGAAUCAGUGAUGAAACCUGUCGAGCAAUCGAACGAAGAAGAGGCCGACAUUAGUUGCAGAAGGCAUGCUCUUAUCAUGGAGGCGCCGAAAUAUCCUCUCGCCAGUUUAUAUGAAUUCGAGUCGCACUGGAUGCGAGCUAAAUCCGUCGCUGAGAAAUCUUUAUCAAUCUCAUCGGAUGAUACCGAAAUAUCAUUAGACUCCGUAAUAGAAAAGGUGCCACUAGCUACCGAGGGAAAAGCGACAUUGAAUACAGUGAACACAUCUGAACCGGAACAAAUAACGAUGGAGGAAACUACAGCUAAAGUAUUGACAGAUGGUUGCGUCGAUAAUCAAGAUAAGAAAGACGAAAAAGAGAUAAAAGAAGAACAAUCGUCUAAAGAUACAGUGCCCGACUUUGAAGAAGGUACAACUGUAAUUAAUUUAGAGAAAGUUAAAGUGACAGAAACGAAUGAAAGUCUCGAAGUAUCCGCACCUCAAGCUACAAUAAUCGCAGAGGUAUCAUUGUCGGACAAGACGUUGGAUCCAUUAAUCAAUGAAGGUAAAGAUGAGGAGCUGAAGAAUGUAAAACAGACGGUACAUUUAGUUUCCGAUGAUUCCUGGAUGAGUAUGCUAGAUGAACCAAUGAUUAUCGAUGAUGAUUUCGAUGACACAUCUGAACCGGAAAAAAUAACGAUGGACGAAAUUACAGCUAAAGUAUUGACGGAUAGUUGCAUCGAUAAUCAAGAUAAAAAAGAUGAAAAAGAGAUAAAAGAAGAACAAUCGUCUAAAGAUACAGUGCCCGACUUUGAAGAAGGUACAACUGUAAUUAAUUUAGAGAAAGUUAAAGUGACAGAAACGAAUGAAAGUCUCGAAGUAUCCGCACCUCAAGCUACAAUAAUCGCAGAGGUAUCAUUGUCGGACAAGACGUUGGAUCCAUUAAUCAAUGAAGGUAAAGAUGAGGAGCUGAAGAAUGUAAAACAGACGGUACAUUUAGUUUCCGAUGAUUCCUGGAUGAGUAUGCUAGAUGAACCAAUGAUUAUCGAUAAUGAUUUCGAUGACACAUCUGAACCGGAAAAAAUAACGAUGGACGAAAUUACAGCUAAAGUAUUGACGGAUAGUUGCGUCGAUAACCAAGAUAAGAAAGAGGAAAAGGAGAUAAAAGGAGAAUCUUCCAAAGAUACUUUCAAUAUUAAGGAAGUUCCGCCGUGUGGUGAAUUAUCUGAAGGCACAGUAAUACUUGACACGAUUAUCGAUAAUGUACCAUCUAAAGAAACAGAUUUAAUUAUUAAGACUGACGAUUCAAUACCAAUCGGCGAAACUUCAAAAGAGUUCGUUCAAUCGCCCAUAGGAGAAAUUAGUGACACUCAGUUGACGGAUGCUAAUGUGAUAACAGACACGAAUAUACAUGUAGACGAAAUUGUUGCGGAAGAUAAAGUUGAAGUCGUGGAGGAGAAGUCAGGAACUAAAGCGACACCAACAAUGACACCAUCCGUACAUUUGGAGUCUGACGACGCUUGGAUGACUCUCUUGGAGGAAGAGAUAACACUUGAUGACGAUUUCGACAUGCCAGACACUCAAGUGAAAGAGGAAAGCAAAGUUGAGAAAGAAGAUAAAGAGAUUGGAAAGAUGGAAAAGGUCGAACAGCAGAAGGAAAAGAUCGAGAAGGAAAAAGCGGAGAUUCAAGUUUUAAAUAAGACGGCCCUAACCGAAAUUGCUGUGAAGGAUGAGUAUCUUGCCGGCAUAAAAGAUAUUCAAAAUGAGACCGUGAACAAUGAGAAACCAAUCGACAAAGCGAAAGGUCAAUCGAAGAAGAAGAAGGAAUCGAAGCACACGAAAGAUGCGAAAAUAAAGGAUCAGGCGAAGUCUAAAGCAGGAUCCAAGAAACAGAAUGAAGUAGAAAUUAAAGCAGCUGUCACUGAAAGCAAGUCAUUGCCGAUACAAUAUCAAUUGGAGGAGAUUAAAGUAAAAGCAACAGAUGCCGAAACAAAGGAAGUGGAGAAUCUAUUGAUAGCGGACAGGCAGCAGACCGAGGAAUCGGAAUUUCUUCCAGAAGAACUCGCAUCGAAACAAAAGGAGCAGAAUACGGUUUUAGAAGCACACGAGAAACCGUCUCCGAAACGUGAGGAAGUUAAACCGAGAUCUAGGAAGAAAUCCAAGAAGCAAAGCGAGAAAUCUGAAGCUGCCCAAGAUAAAUUAGCAAAACGCGACGGUAAAAUGAAUGACAAUGUCUCUGCCAAAGAUCAAAUCAAAGAGAUCGAACCAAAUGUAGCUGAGGUAUCGGCGAUUGUACAGAAGCAACAGGAUUCACAGGAUGAGAUGCCCAAGUACGACAGUCGAUUAAAUCCGAACGCCAAAUCGUGGGCAGCCAUUGUUGGCACGAAGAGCACGACAGAAACAAUUACAGUUCCCGAAGACGAUUCUUUAAGUAGUCAAAUGUCCACUAUUGUCUGUCAAGAUGCAACUGACAGUGGCCCAAGUGUCUUCGAGCAAAUACCCGAAACACCAAUCGAGCACGAUUCGUGCGAAGUUCUAUUGAAACCAGAAAUAUGUGCAACUCCAUCAAAAACACAAGCCAGUCAAAAUGUCAUUGAGGAAUCGCAGGUGGCAACGGCAGAAGAAGCUGUCGAGCAACCUGUCGUGGAAAAAUCCGCUGAAUCGUCGGAACAACUCAGGGAAGGAAGCAAGUCUUACGCGCAAGUCGCAGCCUCUUCCCGACGGACUUCUCCUCAGGCUUCUCAAGAGGAAAUAUAUCUGAUCAAACCCGUACCGCUAAAGUCUGAUCAUAAAGUGAUCGACGUGAGAGCACCCGUUCUCGACGAAUCGUGCAGAAAUGCGGAUGCGGAGGAAUUGCAAAACCUCUCGGAACAGGAGAUUAUAUCAAUCGAUGAGACAACGACAGUACGGCAAAUUGCUGAUAAUGAGACAAUCGUUGCAAAAUCCACUCCCCAAAUCGAAUCGGUUCCUUGGGUAGAAGAGAUGGAGGAAGAGACAUCGAUCGUUUAUCCUGACUCCCACUGCGCUGUAGACUCGAGAGAUACAGACAUUUCGUGCGCCAAGCCGGAAAUUAACACAUGGGCCGCGAUAGUUGGCAAAAAAUCCGCGGAAUCGCCCGAAGUUAACAACGCUUCUAGUUUCGAACAAAUUUCCCGUAAAGCCGAUCAGAACGUCGAACAGCGACCUCCGACACAUGUUCAAAUUUAUGUGGACAAAGUACCCGAACAAGAGCCUAUUGAGAAGUUGGUACAAGUGGACGAUCAAGGUUUCAUGGAAUUCGUUAAUCGAAAGGAAUUACGCUCCAGACGUUCCAGAUCGCGUUCUCGAAGCGACAAACGAGACGAUGGACAUGUGACUGUAGAAGCUUCAGAUUCGGUUAAGGAUAAAGAGAUUAAAUUAAAUACGGAAUCUCAAAGCGGAGAAAAUACUGCAGCCAAGGGAGAAGUUGAGGAUAAGCAGCCUGCACGGCAACAAGAGGUUGAACAGAAGCAAAUGGACGAAUUGACGACAGUCAUUAAAGAAGAUGUUUCAAAAGAAGAUGUUCCAAAAGAAAUCGUCAAAACGACCAAGAGCAAAGACAAGUCCAAGCAGAAGAAAGAUUCAAACGAACGUAAAAAAGAUGAACGCAAUAAAAAGGACAAAAAACAAUCUGCGGAGAUUAGUGAGAUACAAAGGGAUGAAAGUAAAAUUAUUCAAGAAACAAAAUCAGAACAAGAUGAAGCACCUAAAGGGAAGAGGGCUAAGGCCAAGAAGAACAAGUCCGGCAAAGACUCGAUGAAACAACAACCCGAAAUUAAAGAGCAAAAGGAAUUAAAGAAUAUUGAGGAAACAAUAAAGGAAGAUCCAAAACCUGCUAAUGAGAGCGGAACGCCUGAUGAGACUCAAUUGAAAAAUAUCGUGACUGAAAGUCAAGAGCUUCAAACUAUCGAAGAUCAAUCAAAUAAAGAAGCGCCAGAUAUAGAGAUUGCGCAAGAUAUUAAAAAUAAGGAUACAGAGGCAUUUCCAAGUACGGAGAAGAGCAGUGUUACGAAAUCGAAGAAAAAGUCGAAAAAUAAAAAGGGGAAAGUGAUUGCAUCGGAGCAAACGAUCGAAAAUGUAGCUGAUACCGAGAAAAAGGCAGUGGAUGAAAAUGUGGAGAAGAAAAUAGAAUCUCCGAUAGAGCCAAAACUAGACGACGAAAUAAAAAUAAAACUCGAAGAAGGAAUUGCUGAGAACAUGGUGCACAACGCACCUACAAGUCUGGAAAAUGAAGAAAUUUCAACAGAGAAUACUAACAAACAAGAGAACAUUGAACAGUUGGUUGUACCGGAAAAAAUUACAGAACAGGGAAGCGUCGAACAGAAGACGACGGUAGACAAACCUGAAAGUACAAGUGAACCUAAAGAAUCACAUUUGGAAAAUGUGGAAGAAAACGUUACGGAGCAAAAGGAAAUUGCUAAACUCACGAAAUCGGCAAAACGAAAACAGAGGAAAAAAGCAAAGGUUUCGUCGCGGAACGAAGUAACUGAAAAGAAGGAAAUCGAACCUACUGAAGAGGAUUUCUCUCGAGGUAAAUUUACUGAUUCAUUUAGCGAGACUAACAUUACGCAAGAAGUUAAAGCCGAGGAGGUAGUUAACUUAACAGAUGAAACCGUAAAUAUUGUGCCACUUGAAGACAAAAUAGACAUUGCAUCAGAAUUAAAGAAGGACAAUGAGACGAGAACUGAAAUACAGGCUGUAGAAGUAGAGGAACCUGAAAAAUGUACGAAGAAAUCAGAAGCUGCAGUCGAAAAUGAAACAUCGCUUCUGCAAAUAACUCCGAUAGCGGGUAAACAGGAACAAAAAGACAAAUCUAAACCGAAAAAAGAAAAACGACAAGACGAUGAAACGAUCAAGUCAACUCAAGAGGAUUCUACGAAUAUUCUUGUGACGGACUCUAAGAAGGUUGAAUCUUUACCUAUUACAGAAAAUGCUAAAACUUUAAGCUCCUUUAAAGAGGCAGUAGCACCGGAUAGUCAGCAGAAUGAAGAAAAUAAUGUUGAAGAUAACGUUGGAGAUAAAAAAUUAGACAACGAGCCGGCAGGAAUUUUGCAGUAUCCUGAAGAUAAAAUCGAUACUAAUAAUUUGCCUGCAACAGUGGUAGCAACUAACGAAGAAGAAAUUAAAGAUCAAGAACCACUUGUAUCUUCCACAAAGUGGGAAAUAAAGAAAGAAUCGGCGACAAUCAAUGUUGAUGAAAACAUAUCCGUAAAUGAAGACAAAACGGAUAAAACAAAUAUAUCCAGUCCAAAUAACGAAAUUUUCACAAAGAAGGAAAUAAAGGAAGAAUCGGCGAUAAUCAACGUUGAUAAAAACAUAUCCACAGAUGAAGACAAAAUGGACAAAACAAAUACAUCCAGUCCAAGUAAUGAAAUUCCCCCACAAGCGGAGCCAUCGAGUGACCCGACUGGCACGGUCAUAAAGCAUUCUCCAUCCUUAGAUAAACUAUCCUUCAUCGCGCAACAGUCUUUCGACGACGAGGACAAGCGCGUCGCAAGCAUCGAGCAGGAAAGUCCAAGCUCCGAUCUUUCGAGCGCACCUCCCAAGUCUAAAGUACAAUUCUACAUAGCGGACGAGAUCUUGGUCCUGAAACCCGAAAAACGCAAGGACAUCGUUCCGCCAGAGUCCCUCCUGCAGAAACGACCCGACGACUUCUACAACUCGCGAUUCCUCUCCAUCGACGGUGGCUUCUGGCCCGACAAACGACCCUAUCACGAGGCCGAGCGCGAUCACUUUGAGAACUUAGCCUUGCACACGAAAAAGAAUCUCUCGCGUGAACCCGACGACCGUCAUCGUCCGCGGGACCGCGACGGCGACAAUUCGGGCGAUGGCGGCGGCGGUGGCGGUAGAUCGCGGGAUUCUUGCGGCAAUUCGCGCUCCCUCCUGGGUGCACCCCAGACAGAGCGUAUGGUGGCCGACUUGCCGGGCGGCAUUUGUAGCUGGAGCGAUUACAGCACUUACCUAUCGUGCGAGAGCGAGCGGACGGUGGAACCGGUCGGCCCGCCGCUCAGCGCGACUGAGGAUCCAACGAUCGACUCGGGUUUGUCCUUGGAUUACUCGUCGCCGAGCGACAUUCCGUCACCUUCUGACCUCCUCUUGCCUCCUCCGCCGUCAUCCUCCUCCACCCACGACCAUCCGCAGACCGAGUCGCGCACGGAGUCAUCCGUAGACGCUGAAGUAAGCCCGAGGGAAUGUCCUGCGGUCUCUUCUUCGAGUAGCCUCCAAAGUCCCGAUCAUCCCAGUACUAGCACCUCGUCGUCGACCUUCGCCCAUCUUCGUCCACAAUCCAAACUGCAUUUAGGUAGAGAGACGGGGGAGGAAUCCGUGCAACGCUGCAGCCCGAACGGGGUGGCGGAAAGAGAGACGGCCGAAGGCGAGGCUGAAAGGAUACGCAGGAUCCAGGGCACCGUCGAGGAAGUUCUUGCUUCUCUGCAAGCGAGACUCUCGAAUCUCGAGGGAACGAUGGGUUGCUUACCUCAGGAUAGCAUAGAGUCUAUGCUAUCGUCUCUCAUGACUGUAUUGGCGGAGCUUCGUACCUACGACGAGGAGGCGACGCAACUUCAAGGGCGAUUACGUGAGAUUCCCGCCGACGUCGAGUCUCAAAGGCUGUCGACGGCUUUGACGGGAAUUCACACGCGAGUUACCGCCCUUCUCGAUCAAGCGGAACAGGGGAGGGCAGCCCUCGAGCAGGCGCGAGAUGGCAGGGGAAGACGCGACCAGGAGAUUCGAACCUACAGGUUAUUCCUUGACGAGACGGACGCUUGGCUAAGAGACGUCGCAUCGAAAAUACACGAGCAACACUCGAUCAACACCAACAAGACUUUGCAGGAUGAAUUAGCGAGCCGCGCGCGUCGAGUAUCAGAGCUCGAAUCGCUGCCGGAAGUAAGCGAACUGGCGGCCACGCUGAAGGAAGCUCUCUUGGAUGUAAUCGGUCGUCUCCAGCAAAAGCAGCAGGAGAUCUACGAUGAAGAGGCUCAAGCCGACGACGACGAGUCGACGGAAAGAGACAAUGCUACUCUAGACGAAGCGCCCUCGAUUCACUCCUCCUUGGAAGACGGUCCGCCGUCUUUGGCUGACGUUUCCCUACAGACAGGUCAAAGCUUACUGCUCGACGACGUUGUCGAGAAGAAGCCACAGCUCACGAAACAAACGUCCACGACGCAGAUGCCGUCGACGACUACGUGUCAUUCGCUUACGACGCAGACCACGCAGGCUUUGCUGCCAAGCGAGAGCGCUCAGACGCAGGAGGCCAUAAAGGUUUUGAAAACCACGAAGGGGGAUCACGACGUGAUCGAGAUAGCGACUAAGUACAUGCCGCCAAGUUUCGCCCAGGAAGUAGCGCAUCGGGAACAAUCGAGCAUCCUGCCUGGCGAGGAUAUUGUCGUCGAUAUGAAGUACCAGGACGCAAAAAAAACCGACAGUGCGACGAGCGAGUUGAACAUCGUUCACGCCGCGCCGCAAUCUUUCGAGACGAUUUUGGUUGAGCCAGACGACGUCACUACUGAGGUGGUCGUCGAUGCCGAUGGCACCAAAAGGAUCAUCGUGAGGAAAUUGCGACGCACUACAGUCACCAGCAGACAAACCACUCAGCAGCGCGUAUCCACGCUGUCGACGGCGCUCGGAGACGCGUCGCCGAUGAUGCAGGCUUUUUCGGAGGCCGCGAUGAGGGAUCAGCAGGUCACCGUGACCAGAACCAGGCCGGACGGCACCAUUGAGACCACGACGAGGCAAAUGUACGGCGGUAGAGUUACCACGGCUGCACCUACCGAAGGCAUUAACGUAGAAGAGUACGAGUCCGAGCCACGUUACACGCAUAUGGUGACACAAGGUCAAAUCGGAGAUAUCAGCUGUCAGCCGGUCGAGGAAGAGAUACUGAUGGAAGGCGGUGAAUACCAGACAAGGACUUCGAGCGUUCACGCCGUGGUGCAACAGGUCACCAGACGGGUCAUCAAGAGAACGCGCAGGAUCAUUAGGAAAGUCACCAUCAUAGACGGCAAAGAGACCACCACUGAGGAAGUAAUCGAAGAACCUGAAGAAGUCGAGAUCGAUGAGCAGGACAUACCUCAUAUCAGUAUCAAUGUAGUUAAGAGCGAGGAUCAGAAGACUCUACUCCCGGGAGAGAAAUCGAUUGAAACUAAAGUGGAACAACAUAAAACUACGGGGCCAGAGAUACCAAUGGAGCCUUGUACUCCCGGCAGCCCGAUGCAGGGACCUUUCUUCGGGCCGUUCGCUAAGGACAUGGUGACCACAGCCAAUCAAGCCAAAACAGAGAAGAAGGCGACGGAAGCACCAACGACGAAAGACUACGAUGUCAUGGAAGUUGAAACAUUGGAUAUCGAGAGUCAAGUGAAGGAAAGCGCAGCAUUGCAGGAACCUACGAUAGAAUUGGCGGAUUCGAAAAUAGAAACAACUGAUAUCAAAGUAGAGUUACCGGAAUCUGCGAGAACCGCGACAGGAGAAAGGCUCCCAUCUCCAAGAGGAGACGUGCCGCAAGCUGAAAGUCUGAUCAACGUACAGGCUGACGAGGGCGUCUCUUUUGUGCGCGACGAUGAAAGUGUAGUGCCGAGAGAAACGAUACCAACGGACAAACACGAGCAUUUCCCUACCGAGGUAAAUGGCGUAGGUACACUCACGGUCGAUAGUCAAGCGCUGCUAAUCGGUGCUGAGUGGUCUGACGUUUUGCAGACUCCUGUGGAAGACGUCUCUGUUAGCGCAACACAAGCGGAUAUAAAAUCCCCAUUAGAGCCGGCCGUAACAGAUGAUGAACCGGUGGUCACCAAGGCUACUUGUAAGUCUGACGAUGCACCAGUAAAGAGCGAAACACCCAGUAUCGAGCUAGAGAAUGGCACGGUAGAAGUAGAAACGCACCAUGACGAUAGCAGCACCAUAGAGGCUGGUAAAGAUGUCGAUGUAUUGACUGUUGUAUUAGAGGAAGAGAUUGAGGAAAAGGAUAAACCAGGAAUAUCAGAGAAAGACGCGUCGUUCGAACCAUCCAAGAGCAAAGAGGAAGACACGACAUUGACUUCAUCUCAAAAGUCGCAGCCACAAGAUGAAUCUAUUGCUCCGCCAAGCGAAUCAGAUGCUGUCAAGCCUGAUGAAUCCGUAGAGAUACUUAUCGAGAAACCAAAGAUAUCGCCAGAGUUGUUUAUAAAGGAGGAGGAAGAUGAUUUCAAGGAUGAAGCAUUCAAGCCGGAAUAUAAGCCGGUGUUCCACAAGGUUGAGAUAUCUCUAUCUGUGCGUAAGGAGGACGAGGAAGCAGAGCCUUUGGUGUCUGUUAAGACUCGAGCAGAAAGGCCCGAGAUUGCUCCGUACCGCAUCGUCAAGGAAGAUGUAGAUAUUAGUCUUCCAGCGGACAAAGAGAAGACAGAGGUGAUACAUGAUAAGAUCGUACAAACCAGCGCCUUUCUGACAGCUGAGAAAGAAACAGAGACCUUCCAACAACAGGUGCCAACCGCGGAGAAGGAGGUCGACGUUCACAUUGAAUCGGAGAAGAGCAAGUCAGACAGCACGAGUCAUAAAAGUAGAAAAAAGAAACGACACAAGGCUAAGCCGGAACCGACGGAAAAACCCGUAGAAACGGAAUCCAGCACUUCGAUCGCUACGUCAGUUGCCGAGUCUAUGGAGAUUAUCAUCCCCUCGUCCGACUCGUCCAAGCACGCUAGCGAGCAACCGCAACCGGACGUUGCCGAGAUCAUGAAGUCCAUCACCGAAUCGUCUCUAAGCCUAGAUGAUCAUACCAUACCGGAGGACAACGGAUACCAAGCGGAUGAUAAAACUAUGGAUGAAUUAUCUGUCACGGCAGAGGAUGAGGACACUACGAAGAAGAAGAGGAAGAAGAAGAAGAGACAGAAAGUACGAUUAACUCGAGACGACUCAGGUGAACUGACUCAGGUGCCCAAAUCUAGUAGCGACGAUGCCCCGUUCACAGAUGAUAGUCUUCCUUUAGAGGUUCCCAAGCUAGAGAAAAUGACUGAAGAGGAUAAAGUGCAAGAGGACAAUGCGGCAAAAGAUGUUGAAACAUUAGAGGAGGAAAAAACGAAAGAAGAUGAGAAACAAGAGGACAAGAUGGAAGAAGAGAAAAUCGAGACAACAGUAUCGCAAGAAGAGUGUAUCGUUACGCACAAAGUUGAAUUGGACGACGCAAAUACUCAAACUACCGUGGAUAUGUGCGAUGUAUCGACCGCGCUCACCCCGAAAGCAGACCAGGAGAGUCUCUCUACAUUCGCGCAAACGUCUCCUGAGCCAAUACCGUUGACUCUCGAAGAAGAGAUUCAAACAGCUAGAACUGAAGAGACUCAUAUCGAGACGCAGACGAUCUUAGAACCCGGCCUCGACUUUGGCGCGCAAACUAUCGCGGAGGAGACGCCGGAAGUCGAAGAUUCCGGUGUGCAGACCGCGACGCCUACCGCGCCGCUGAUGGAAGAACUCGCCGUGCAAACCAGCCCGAUAGAAUACGUCCCACAUGCCGUUGUCGAGACGGAGAUGGAAGAUUCCCAAGCGCAAACAGUUCAGAUCGAUAUCCUGUCCACGGAAAUGCAGACUUCGCCCGUUGAAGUAGCUCCUAUGAUAGCGAGCGAGACUCAAACGGCGAUAAAUCCCGUAAUGGAGGUAGAGCAACAGACCACUCCGUCACCGGUGGAAGAGAAAGUUGCUCUGCAGGAGAUGGCUAUUCAAACGUCAUCUCCUGAAGUACCGGAGUCCCUGGAGAAGGACAUACAGACUAGUAUUCCGUCUAGUCCGGAGCAACCAGACGUCUCGCACAUUGAUACUCAGACGAUUGCAGCACCGGAAGCGCUGGCUGAAACAACGGAGACUCAGACAACGCCCGAGGAGAGCCCUCGGCAGAUAGAGUUGCAGGAAACCGAAAUGCAAACUAAAUCGCCUGAACCGACGAUGGAGACCACUAUGCAGACGAGUCCAGUGAUCGUUAGCCCUGAACCUACGCAGGUGUGCGAAGAAUCCGCGCAAACCAGCAUCGAAGAGACGAGGCAGACCACGGAGGAAGAGUCGCAGACCAGUUCGCCGGAGAAAAUCCAGACCUUCGAUACUUCGGUGCAGAUCAAGACAAUGGAAUUGAUACCGCAUGUCGAAGAGAGCGUGCAGAAUAUUCCCGAGACGUGCGAAAUUAGCGCUCAAACGUCACCGAAAGAAGAAAAGCAAACGACCGAGACCACUUCAGUAUCUCAGCAGACUACACAAAUUCCAACACACACUGUCGAGGUAUCUACUGAGGACCUUCAAGCAGAGAUAGGCGAAAUAGUAGACGCUCAGGCUCAAGCUUCCAUAAAAAUGGAGCCAGUUAUCUCGGAGGAGACGAAGAAAGAGGUAGAAGUAGUGUCUACGAAAUUAUUAGAAACUCCAGCAGCACCUGAUGUACAAGUACCAGAAACUGCGAGGUCCUUAGAGGAGGUGAAAGAAGAGGAAAUCGCGGACAAGUCGGAACCAGUCCAGCCGACAGUCGCCCCCACGACGGUUCCAGAGAGUAGCGAAGAAAUUGAAGCACCCGUCGAAAGAGAGACGAGAGAUCAACUACCUGAGUUACCCGCAACAAGAGAGAGCCCCAGGAGGUCAUUGGAGGAUGGCGCAAAGGCGAAGGGAUCUACGACGUCUUCCAUAUCGGAAAAGGAUUCUACUCCGGACACAUCGUUUGAGAUUCACGUUCAAGCGACCAUAGAACUGUCCGCCAGCGAUACGCUCGACAGCGUUGCAUCUGGUAGCAAAGAGUCGCCUGAUACUUCCCAAGAAACCACUAUUGCUGAAGAUCUUAAUAACGAUGCGAGUGUUGCAGAGCACGACAGCAAGACGGCGAAGCGCCAAAGAAGAAAAAGAAAGCAUAAGACCAUGGAAAUCAGUCUGCCGAGCAAGACCGAACUUGGAUCCAUAUUUGGGCAAGCCCAAGUCGAGUCUCAAGAUACUAUUUUGAAGCUCUCCUACAGUGACGUUGCCAAGAAGAACGCCGGUAGACAAACAUCUCCGGUAGGAGACGUCUUAGGCGAUAUUUUGGAUGACGUGGCAUCCGAAUGUACCCCUCAGAUGACAUCUCGAUUAGAGAUAGACUUGAAGUCGGAGGAUAUUGCGUCGAGAACUGUGAUAGAUAGCACGAAGAGAGAUGAAGGAGGCAUUCAAGAUACACCAGAUGAAACUACCUCGAAAACAGUACCUACAUCGACGAUCGAUCAAUUCGCGAUCGACUCGAGUCGCAACAUUCCAGAAGCAACAGCAGUACCUGAAGUGCGAAUGCCUUUCGUGCUUGGUAAACCGACAAUAGAGCCGUUGCUGAUAUCGUCGGACCAGCAAAAAUUGUCCACAGCGCCACUCACGCAAUCAUCACCUGAGCCAAUGGACACCACCGAAGAACCACUGACACCCGUGGAAGUCGAGCAACCUACUCUGAGCAAGGAUGAAACUACCAAGCCGUUUCGGACGGAGAUUAAGACUUACGCUGAAGUGAUAUCUGAGUCGGACAAGAAAUCCACGCCGCCGAGUCUGACUGGCGGCGAAAAAUAUGAGAAGAAGGAGCCGCAUCUGUCCGCUGUCAAAGCACCAUCACCUCACGUUUUGUCCGCAACUUUUCUUCUGAAGGAAUCUCAGGAGUACGGCGUGAAGCCGCAACACCAGGCAAUGCAGGCUACCAGACUGAUUACCGAUCGGGUGAAGAGUCUGCAGAAUACCAAUGAGUCCAGUCACCUCGGCAACGUUCUGCACAUCGCGCACUUGGAAGAAGUCACUACGGAGAGGCUCGCGGAGGAACGCUCGUCAGACGUUCGCAAGGAACUGGCGCAAUUGCGAAACGCCGUUCAAGAGAACGACGUGGUGGUCGUCGAGGAGACGCUCGUCACCGUUGUCGAGACGAUUUCGACUUGGUUAGAGACCAUCGAGUACCGAAUCUUCUUGAACAGGAAGUGCCCGACCGGACCUUCGCACGAAGACGCUCGAACGUUCAUCGAACUGAAGGACGAGGUGAAUCACGUGGAGGAAAGUAUCCGUGAGCUCGAUAAUAUUUGGAAACAAGUGGAGCCGAGUUAUCCGAAGGAGGAACGGGAGAGAUUGCAGGAAUGCGUAGACGCUCUCGAGCAUCAGGUGAAGAUCAUCGAGCAUGUCACCGCUGACGGGGAGAAACACGCGAGCAGUCAGCUCGCGAAAUGUGACGAGUUCCUGAAUGGCGUGAACAAUAUAUACAGAUUGGUGGAGGAGCAACGCAAGCAGCUGGAUCACAUAGUCGAAAGCGAAUACUCCACGCAAUGGAAGCUGCAGGAACUCGACAAGUUGGAGAAUAUGAAUUGCUGUCAUAUGUGGAAGACGAGCAAGCUCGUAAACGCCGCUCGCGAAUUGCUGCGGGAUCAUCCCGGCAAGAUUAUCCCCGAGGAAACAUACAUCGCGCACGAGAUGACGAAGGUCAUCGAACACGGCAUAUCCGUCGAACGGGAGCGUCUUCUUCAGUUGCUCGCCUUAGCUGAGGAGUACGAGCAGACGCUUCAGGAAUUCGCGCAGAUCAUCGACAUCGCGGAAAAUCUACUGGACAGCCCGAUCUCUGUAAUGAGUUUGGAAUAUCUUCAGGAGGAGAUGCAGAAGCACAGAAAGUUCUUUGUCAAUCUGAAUCACUGUCGCGCGAUCCUCGAAUCGCUGGAGGGCAAUCUGGACCCUGAAACAAGAGCUAAACACUCUGGUCUGCACGAGGAACUUCACGGCAGAGCGACGGCAUUGCUCGAUCAGGCGGCUUCAAGAGCGCAACAGAUGGCAUUAGCCACGUCGCGAUGGAUGCUUCUGGAACAAGGUGUGAAGGAAGAGAGAGGCUGGCUCCAGGUUGCGCAUCAACGCGUUCCUGAUCUCCAAACAGUGACAUCGAUCGACUAUGAUCAAUACAUCUCCUUGUAUCAGUCUCUAUCAUCGGACGUAGCGACUCAUCAUGCACGAUUGAUUCAACUGCUCGACGUGGCGCGAGGUCUCCGCGACCUCGUUAAUAUUGAAGACCCCGAAGAUCGAUACGGCGAAGCCCUGGACGUGAUUGUGAAGCUGCAAGAAGACAUCGAGUCCUCUUUGAGAAGGCUACUGGCUUUUAAGGACAACUGGAACAAUCAGGAGGCGCUAACAGAUCGCUUGGAGCAAUGGAUGACGACGGCCGAGAAAGAGCUUGCUGUGUUGCGCGACCCAUCAAGAAGCUCCAUGCGUCAGUUCUGGGAAUUGAAGGCGCAGUACGAGGUUCACAAUAACAUGCGCAACGAAGCGUACAACUACUUCGAGCAAGCCUUACGAGCUGUUCCUUUGGCGGACGAGAUGCUGCAGCGACAGUUCCGAGGCGAGUUGCACGAUCGCUGGAAAGAGGUCAGUGAAAAGAUCAACGAGAUCCAGAAGGGUGUCACUCUCAGUAUGUCGUCGGAGGGGAUCUCGUCGAACGAGAAGCUGAAACUGCUCGAGAGAGAGUUGAACGAGCUACGGAUGACGAUCAACAGUUUCCACGGGGUGCUGAAGACAGAGGAGGAGCUAGAUUUGUACGUUGAGAGGCUCACCGUGUUGUACGACAGGAUCUUCGUGAUCCAGGACGAAAUAGGUCGUUUGGGUCUUCUGCCAGCUGCGGAGAGUGAAAGAGUCGGAAUCUUGCUGUCGUCGGCGCGUUGUAUAGAGAGUCUCAUCGGCGAGGAACUGGACUCGGCGCAGUUGCUUAGAGAGAGGAUCCAAUGUCUUCAACAUGGAUUGAGUCGCUUCAGGAAGGCUCACAAGAGAUUGUCAACGAUACUAGACCAAUGCGAGGGGAGCGAAAAGCAAGGGAGCGAUUUGGUGGCUGCGGCCGUGGAUCGCUGUCAGUCGGUCGCGGACGAGCUGGCGAUUCUCUGGCAGGAUCUGAUGGCGUUGAGACAAAUGCUGCAUAGCUUGCCGACCGGCAUGAGAGUGACAGUGUCGCCGGUGGGCAUCGAAAGAGACCUGUCCAAUGUGCAGGACACGCACACUGAGCUGGAGUCGAGGUGCGCUCGGCUGCUCUCGUUGCUGCACAGCAAACUGGCGUUAUGGCGGCGAUUCGAGAGGCAGCUGGAGAUGGUGCAGCAGUCGGUCCAAGAAGCGGACUACAUGAUGGAGCUGUUAACCGUCCAGGGCUCCGUUGAUUACGACAGACUGCUGAAGGCUACCGAGCGGCUCGAGGGUCUGAGCGGCGAUUUGGGUGCCCGAGAAGUUCUCAUUGGCGAACUACGUGCCGCCGCCGAGCCUUUGCGGGAGAGUUGCGCCGCAGAGGUCCGCGAGAAGGUCGACGCGGCGGUAAAUGAGGCCGUACAAGCUUGGGAGGACACUAGGGCCGAAUUGGACGCCCUUUGCACCCGAUAUCAGCGCGCGUGCAACCUCUGGCAGCAGUACAGGGACUCGAGCGCCGCUGUGAAAGCCUGGGUGGACACCCAGAUGAACAGUGUGGUGAACCUGCCACCGGAGGAAGCAGUCAAGCAGAUCAAGGUUUGCGAGGAGACACUGGCGGAGCACAAGGAGAGACUUGCUGAACUGCGCGGUCUGGUAGCACAGAUCGCAUCAGACGUGGGUCUGGACGCCGGUGGACCGCUGCACUGCGAAGUCGAGGCGCUCGGUCAACGACUCGAGGAUGUUCGCGAAACCUUGUCGACCCUCGCGGACACGGUGGACGCCCGUGUGCUCAAUCAAGAGCUCGCGCGCGGCGAUCUCUGCCAGACGAAAAAUUUCCUGGACUCGGUCCAACAGAGCCUCACGGCGGUGGGUCAAGGUGAGUCGAACGAGCAGCUGACAGUAUUGCGGAAUCAUCUCCUGGCCCUUACGCGAACCGAACCGCAGCUUCAGUCCAUCAAGGAUCGCGCGUUGGACGUGUCCGUGCAAGAGCCGUCGGUGGUUGAGGUGGUGCAACUUUGGCAGCGCGUAUUCCAGGAGACGUUCCAGCAAUAUCAUCGUCUGUCUACGCGACUGAUACGCUCGCAGGAUGUAGUGGCCGCGCUCAAGCUCUGGGAGGAGUACCUGACGCACGUGCAGGACUUCUUAUCCAGCGGUGUGCCGGGUGACUACAACGGGCUGUCAGAGUAUCGGAAUAUCUGCGAGGUACACCGAAAGCUCCUGCCGGAGCAACAGAAUCUCAUAUUGACGGUGCGGCAAGAGGAGGACCGCGACCGAUCGGUCGCCGAGCAGUUUAACGCCCUGACGAAUCUGCACAAUGAAACGCUCGCGAGGAUACUCGAGCGGCACGCAACGGUGCGCGACAGAAUAUCGGCCUGGGAUAAGUACAGGCAAGACCAGGGCAGACUGUUGACGUGGCUGAAGGAGGUUGAGAGGGAACGACAGCGCAUGCACUUGCAGUUCAUCCAUCUGAAGCGGCUGGACAAGAUCCUGCAGAGGAUUCAAGCUCUCCUGGACAAACUACCGUCCGGCGAGGCGCAGAUUGAAUCGCUUCAGGAGCAGCAAGAGUACCUGCUGACCGACUGCGACGAGGCGCUGGCUGUCUCGAUACGCAUGGAACACGCGGCUAAUGUACAGCGCAUCGCUAAUUUACGAGCCGCUCUGGAGACUUGGCGGGAUUUCGUCCAGAGGGUACAGAAACUGCACGCGCAGCAUGUCGAGCAAUCCGGGAUGAUCACCACAACCUUCCAGGAAAUCAGCCAGGCAUUAAGCUCGGCCUUCCACGCAGGCCCGUCGAGUCUGUCCAGGACGAAGGAACAGCUGGAGUCGAUCCAACAUUUGAGAACUCUCCUGGCUGAAGGACAACGUAACAUGGAGUCCCUCGGCGUCAUCACGGAGCAGCUGAGGGAGUGUCUGAGUCCGAGCGACAUGAAGACGUUGAAUCAACACGACGCACUUCUGUCGCAGCAACACGGCGAUCUCGAGUAUCAGUUGGCACUGUUGGCGUACAGGCUCGGAGAACGCUACGGUCUUCACGGUCGAUGGGAGAGUAGGCUGAACAAGUUCCUGCAGUGGAUAGACGACACAAGAGCCAGGAUGCGAAACUACGACAUCAUGGCGUUAGACGAACCUGAGGAGGCCUUGAAGCGGCUCGAUUACGAGCUGCAGACGGAGAUGAGCCUGAAGCAGCGUGAACUCGAGUGGCUGCAGAACACUGGACAGGAACUGAUAGAAGUUGCCGAGGAGGCGGAGAAAGCGAAGUUGCAACAAUCUUUGGACGAAGUCAAUGAGAAGUGGAAUCGUUUAAUGUCAGGCAGUAAGGCGAGAGCUAGCAAGUUGGUCGACUUAAUACACACUAUGAACUCGUUAUUGAAGAGGAUAGCCGAUUUACGAACCUGGUUGACCGGCAUCGAGAGUCAACUGUCCGAGACUUUUAUCAUCGAGAAACCUACGCAGAGGUGCAUCGAUAAAAAGCUUGAGGAUCACGAGCAUCUCAAGACGAGUAUCGAAGCUGAAACCUCCAAUAUCGGCCAAGUACUGAAUCUGUGCGAGAUCCUGUUGAACGACUGCGACACAUGGAAAGUCUCCUUCAACAUGGACGCGAUAAAGAACGGAAUGGAGGGUUUAGAGAAGCGAUGGAAAUCCGUGUGUGUGAGAUCCACCGAGCGUAAGAGGAAAAUCAUGUUGGUCUGGAAAAUGUUGCAGGAGCUGGAUAAAACUAGAUCUGAGCACGAACCUUGGCUGAGCAAGACGGAAAAAUCUCUGUUGGACCUUGAGAAGGAUCUGCUCGAGAUCUCCAAGGAGGAGUCGGAGAAAAUGAUCGAGAGGUCCAAGUCGAUGGCCAAGGACAUCGAGGCACACCAGAAGGCCUUGAAGAUCCUUGAACAAGUAUUCGGACGCCUCGCGAAAUCCGGGUUAGAGCCUGACAAUUUCCGCUCGCUCACCCACGAGACGCGAAAGACCAUUGACAGGUGGUUGGUCCUCGAAACGAGAAUCAAAGCUGUCAUCUCGUGUCUCCAACGGGAACAGAAAACCUAUCGCGAGUUCGUGUCCGCACACGGCGCCGCACUAGUGGGUCUAACUCAGGUGGAUGUCCGACUCACGCAGAUGCAGCAUCUAGCUACGCCCGAGCAGAGGUCGUCCUCGCGACGAAGACGCCAGCAGCUGAGCGAGAUCGAAGAGGAACUCAAUACCCAAAACGUCACUCUGCGAAAGGCUGACGAGCUGGCGCUGCGUGUCAUGCAGGAGAGCAAUCCCGACGACGUGGCCGCGGUCCAGGAGCUGGUGGACGAGUAUCAGCUGCUGUGGAGAGACAUCAAGGCGCGAGUAGCCGCGUUGAAGGCGGAGUUGGAGACGCAGGAGAAAUCGGAAGUCGACGAAGCGGUGCAGGUGGAGACUCUGAAGUUCGAGCAAGACACCGCGGUUCAAGUGGACACCCUACCGCGGCUCGUUCGAAUGACCUCGUGCGACGCUUACCUGAUCGAGCUGGAGGCCGCCUUGAACGAGUGCAACAACGCUUUGGACGCUCUGGAGGCAGCGGUAACACCUGACCCCGUUUCUGGUCCUGGAUUAAACGCGGCCGCUAAGACUAUCGCUAAACUAAUCGGAAGUUGCCAGUCCUCGAUAGAACUGGUACGUCAUCUCCAUAAUCUACUCAUGGAAGACAACAAAUCGAAUUUGGGAGCUGCCAAGAGUAGCGAGGUAACGACAUUAAUAGCUCGAUACGACACACUCAUUGCACUAGCAAGAGCACGUGAACAGCAAAUCAGAGAGCUCAGAUCGCCCAUCACCGAUGCUUACGCUUUUCCAUGUGACCACGAUAGCGGCAGACUGACCUGUCCACUAUGCUCCCGUCGGAAUUGGGCCCAGCUGGACAAUGACCUCUGGCGUUUGGACAAAUGGUUGGAGUUUGCCGAGGGCACGCAAAGCGAACAACACUCGCCGCCGGGCGACAUCGAGCAAUUGGAAGACGUAAUUCAAGAUCACCGGGAAUUCCUGCUCGAUCUCGAUAGUCACAAGAGCAUCGUAGUGAGCCUCAAUAUAGUCGGUGCCCAUUUGGCUGAUCAUACCGAAGACACGGAGCGCGCGAAGGAGCUUCGCGAUCGAUUGGCCGUGGCGAACGCCAGAUGGGAGAAGAUCUGUACAGCUGCCGCACAGUGGCAGGAACAGCUGCAGGUCGCCCUUAUGACGAAUCACCAGUUCUACCGUAUCAUAGACGAGCUGUUGGCCUGGCUCGAGCGUACCGAGAUCAGCAUACGGGCGAGCGAGCCAAUUGAUCUGACCGAAUCUAACGAUAUUAUAGAAGCGAAAUAUAAUAAAUUCAGGGAACUGCGAAGCGACUUGGAACGUUGCGAGCCGCGAGUGAUAUCGCUGCAGGAGUCCGCUAAUCAACUUUUGGACGAACAGACGGAAACCAGAGCGCGUCUACAGGAGCUACGAUUAAGGUUGCAAUCAUUAAGACGACUCACCGGAAUCUACGCUCUUAAACUAGGAGCAGCUCUCGGAUUAGACCCGCGGGAUGUCGGUCUUGCCGCUGCAACGUCGUCUCUCGCGUCUCUGUCACACGACCUGCUCGACGAAGCUGCCUCUGGAACUGCUCAGCCUCACGCCACCGGCACAGAUGGUGACGAAAGGGGUCGAACGGUGUUGGCGCGCGGGUAUCGUUUCCUCGGGAGAGUCCUGCGGAUCUCCCUACCGAUCCAAGCGCUGAUGCUGCUCCUGCUUGGCGUCGCGUCGCUGGUGCCGUCCGCAGAAGAAGAUUACAGCUGUAUGCUGUCUAACAAUCUGGCGAGAAGCUUCACACCGUUAGCCUUUUACCCGAACGGACCGCCACCGGUAUAACAGUGAACAGCCGACUUCCUCGUUUCUUCGCCGUGCCAUUCGACCGACACGAAAUCGAUCCUCCAGUUCGAUCUUCGUUGAAACAUUGACGGGGCGAGCUCACAUCGGUGUAACAUAUGAGACGACGGAAAGUUUGUGAUCAAUUCAUUCACUACCAGCUUAUUUCUCUCUCUGAAGAGAGCACUUUCUGCGAAAUCUGUAUGUAAAAUUCGUACUGCCUCUUCUAAGCUCGCCUCGCUGGUGUUUUCGUUGACCGUAAUUGUGCGCGAAUCGCAGGAACCUUUAUAUAUUGUACCAGCGUUCGGAAUUGCUUGCAUUUUUCAGGUGAUUUUCGAAGUCUACAUCUAUUGUUUUUCUCUUGCCUUUUCUCGUCGAACCUUGCGACUUCUCAGGAUCGUCAAAUUUAUAAAACCUGCGGGAUUUUUCCUAAUUUUGUAAAAAGUUCUCAUUAUGCGUAUUAUUUCAACAUAAUAUUAUAUUUCUAUUUAUAUAAUGUUUCCAUUUACGCUAUCUAUAUGUUUAUAUUAUCACAAUUACAAUGAUAGAACACUAGCUUCAAUAAAGACGUCUCAGAAAUUAGGGAGAAUACCGCAGGUCUUAUGAGAUCGUCGGCCCUGAAGCUGCGGAGCACCGCAGUUAGUCAGUCUCGAGACCCUAGACAAGGAGAAACAAGGAAAAGAAAGAAAGGCGUAGACCCAAAAAAUCACCUCGAAAGUGCAGGUUGCCUCGAGCGUUGCGUUAUACGGUAGUUUUACACACGACGAAUUUCUACGUAAAUCAUGUAACGGACCAAACGGUGACUGAGAAUAUGUAGCCGAGACGAGAUCGCAUUCUUAAUUUAUUGUACACAUAUAGCGCUCUAUACCCGUUGCCGCGGCGCGUGCAAUAUAUUGUUCCCUCCGCGCGAAAUAUGCAUGUUUGAACGCUGUCAGUAUCGUGGUAAAAAUUGUAUUUCGACGAAGUGUUCGUUGCAAGAAACAACUGCCACAGGCGUUGAUCUAGGCGUGCCGCACGAACACGAACCGACGAUUGAUUAUAUAUAUAUACGUACCUUAAACAUAGCAAAAACGACGUUCCACGAUGUUAAGCAGCGACUUAAGACACGAUCUCGCGUGUCAGCAUCGCGCUUCGCGAUUCAUCGCUUUCCGUUGUACAAAGAAUUUAUUUUCGCUUCGGAGCGUGAAGCGCGAUGUCGUGCGCGCACGAUAUACGAAAUAUGAGAAGAAUUUAAAAAAGAAAAGGAAAAAGAAAAAAACAGAUGCAAGAGAGACCUUCUGGAUACGCCCGAACACAUAUAUACGCGUUGAACUUCGUAUUUAACGCGUUCUUAUACCGUAUGCAACAUUCGUGAUAGAGGAUUGACAUAAGAAAUAUAUAAUUGCCUAACUUUAUUUUUUAUACAUUAUGUUUAUAUAUAUAUCUAUAUAUAUAUACAUAUAUAUAUAUCUCAAAGCGUCGCGUUAAAUCAGUUCUCUCGAGAGUGGAACGUUCGGCUCUCCCUCACGUUCUCCCGAUGUAACAUCGGCGGGCAAUUAAUGGUGCUAAUUCGGAGCGCAGCGUCUUCUUGCGAAGAGGGAAAGAAACGACAUUAUAAAGUGGAACAUCGAUCUGUUGCAAUCUCGUUUUGCCUGUUGCAUUAAUUAAUAUUCCAUGAAUAAAGUUAAGGAAAAGUUGUACGACGACUGUGUGAUCUGUUCGUGUAAGUAUAAAAUAAUAAUCAUGGGGAUAAUAACCGACGAUAACGCACAGAAUAAUGUGGGCGCGCGUAUUAUAAUUCAUCCUGUGAAAAUUUAUUGAUUUUGUAAUGCUCACUAGUUACGCUUUCGAGGUUGAGUUCCCUGCUUACUGCACAUUGUGCUUCGUUAUGUAUUUUUAUAAAGAGAGAGCUUAAGAAAGGUGGUGUAUAUCUAUCGGUAUAAUAUAUUAUUAUUAUGAACGUAUCUCUGUAA